GCCCCCUUCCCCAUUUCAGUCUGGACCAAACCAUCCCGAAGUCGAGGGGGCCCCGAGAGGCAGCGGGGAAAGGAGCAUGCCAGCCCCUUGGCCCAGCCGCGCUCUCCCGAGAGCUCAAGGCCGGAGCUCGAACCGGGGCUUCUGGCUGCUUUUUGGCUAGACCCUGCCAGGCCGCCCAUGGAGAAAAGGCAGCCCCGGAGCAAGGCAGCUUCUUUCCCUCGACUCCCCCUCCGCGUUGGCGAGGCAGUGGGAAGGACGGAGCUCGGCGCCGCCGCCGCAGCCAGCGGCUCUAGCUGUGGCAGCAGCAGCACCAGCAGCUCGGUCGUGGGAGAGUUUCAUUCAGCGCGUGGAGGGAGCCCCGCGCGCGCCGGCGGGACGGCUUAGCGGGCUGCGCUGCUCCCGCGCCCCCUCAGCGGUUCCCUUUCCACGGGAGCUGGCGUCGCCUGGCGCGGGGCUUGGUAUCUCUGAGGAGAGGCGCGGCAGGUAAGGGUGCUUCUGAGAGAAACGGAGAGGGAAUCCGGGCGCCUCGGGACCGGUGGCGGCGGCGGAAGAAUACCGGAGGGGUGUGUGGAGAAGGGUGGCUGUCUGUCUGUCGCGCUCGUUGUCUGGCGCAGCUACAACUCCGUCUCGUCUGCCCUCCCCAACCCCCUCACAUCUCGGCUGCUCUGACUGGAGCGCCUGUGCCUUGUUUUGUUGCAAUGGCCAUAAGCACAGGCAAGCAAGCCAGCAAGCAACGCCGCUGCCCGUUGAAAUAGCAGCAGCUGAGUGCUUUGGAAAAGGGUUUGUGCAUGCGCCAACCACCUGGACUGAGCCCCCCCCUCCAAAAGGGCAUUGUUCUUCCAGUCUCUCGGAGAUAUUUGGCUUAGAAGCAGGAAGUGGGGGCAGGUUUUGGGGGGAGGUUGCUCGUGUAAACUGGGUUUGUACUGCAGAGAAGAGGGUGGGUUAUCUGCGUGUGCGUAGAGGGAGGCAGGUUUGUUUCCUUGCAGAUCUCCAGAGAUGGAAGUAAUUCCAGGAGAAUAGCAAAAGGUUGGAUACCCAGAGCUGCCAAGAGGAUUCUGUUGGCUCUGCCUGGGAAGCGGAAGAGCUGUUGGUUGCUGAGAUCCAGGUGCAGCAGCUUCUGGUUCCAAAGUCUUGCUAGUAUCACUGUUGCAUCCCGAGGCUGGGAUCACGUGCAUACUUACUCGGGGAUGCCUGAACUUGGACUGAAGACAGCCAAAGUUGGGGGGGGAACUGCUUUGAACGAACAUCCUCCCCGCCCCAAAUAAUUGCUACAGUUUGCUUGAGAGCACCAGCACCACUCUUGUGAUGGUCUGUCUCUCUUCACCUUAGGUGAGAUUAUUUUUGAGUAAGCAUGCACAGGAAUAGGCUGUAUGGCUCCUGAGAAUAUGUAUGUUGUGAAUAGUUUGCUUUUGGCAUUGUGCAUGGCAAUCCUCAGAAGCCAUACUCAUUGGAGUUUACUCCCUAGUAAGUAUUUUUAGGGUUUCAGCUUUAAUGUCAUUCUCUCUCUCUCUCUCUCUCUCUCUCUCUUUAUAAUAGUUAAGCAGUGUUUUUGGUUGCAGUCCUAGGAACAUUUACUUGGGGAGUAAGUGGAACUAAGCACAGUGGGACUUGCUUCCAAGUAAACAUCCAUAGGGUUGCAUUAUUGGAGGACAACUGUGUUUUCACAUUUGAGGUGCACCUGUUAGGUGGGAACUGGAGUUACAGUUGCAACUGAAUAAAUUGUGUUAAGGCAGUGUCCUAGACUUCUAGUAAUGGCACGGAUCCAGAGGAGGACUUUUCACACAGGCUUUCCUUACCUAAAACAUCCAUGAUACUUGCCUGCCAAACUUCUUUCAUCAAUGUCAUUUCAUUUUAGUGCAGGUCCUUGUAAUGGCAAUAUUAUGAUCUCAGUCUCAUCCAUAGAUGUGGUAUAGUGGCUAGGAGUAUAAGUUGUGAUGUGGGAAGAUUCUACUUAAAAUCUCAUCUAAUUUAUGGGGGGGGACUUUCUCCCUCCCCUUUUAGAAUCAUGUAAUUGUAGAGUUGGAAGGGACUCUGAGGGUCACCUAGUUCAUAGGCAGGUGGCCCAUAUGGGGCUCAAACUCAUGACCUUGGCAUUAUCAACACCAUUCUCUAACCACCUGAGCUAACUGAGCCCAUUUGUAGUGUGAGGAUAAGAAUACAGUAAUGGCCUACUGCAUAGGGCUGUUACAGUAACUUUUAAGAAAACAUGAAAUAUUCAACCAGUUAGGCAAUAGGUUAUGUACUAGAACUGCUUAGAUAUGAAUGGGCUUCAUGAAGAGGCUAUGUAAAAUUCUUGCUUGUGGUGGCAUUCUAUACAGUAGGCUUAAAGCGAUUUACUCCAUGCCACCUCCCCAGUCAUAGUUUUAAAACCCUUCUAGGGAAUCCUGGUGUUUUUGGAGAACUUAUCAGUGCAUUCUUUAGUGAGAAGACCUAUGAUGUUAGACAAAGUUCAUUACAUUUAGUCCUCCAUUAUUGAUCUUUCUUUCCUGAACAGUUUUGCCAGAAGAUGUUGGGUGCAUUUAAGGCACGCUUAUGGGUGGACAUAGGAUAACAGUGGAACUCAAAAUGUAUGGCCAGUGCCUGAUGAUUGCAGUGCAUGAUCUCCUACAACAGAGAUGGGGAACCUGUGUCUGUCCAAAUAUUGCUGAACUACAACUCCCAUCAUUCCUGACCAUUGGUCAUAACUGACUAGAACUGAUGGAAGUUUUAGGUCAGCAGUAUUUGGAGGGUCACAGGUUCCCCAACUUUGCCCUACAGUAUACAAGGACUUUUUGGUCAUGUGCUAAUGUUUUGUAGCAAGUAUGUAGUUGUAUGUAUUCCUGGCAGAUAAGUUGAUGCAGAAGAGGUUUCCUGAAGACAGAGAGUUCUAAAACCACUGGUAUAAGAGACUCUUCAUGCCCAUUCCAUGUGCAGCCUUGUUUGUAGAGCAUCUCUUGCCCUCUGCAAAAACAUUUUUCAUUGCUAUCCACAUGUGGGCUGCAAUAUUUGAAUGGACCUUUUAGUAGCUUUGUGAAAAUGGAAGCAAAAAUGUUUUGCAUUUUAAAAAAAAUCUCACUGGUAUCAAGAGAAAUUGCAUUAAUAAGCAUUUGACUUCAGGAUAUGUUAUGAGCAGCAAACUCAGUGGAAAAACUAUUGAGCCAGUGCAAAUAUAAAUCCAGGUUAGUUCUUCCUUACAUCAAGAAUUUGUCUUGGGCCUGUUGUAUGUCUGAAAUACUUUUUUUUAUUUAAUUCAUUGAGCAAUUUUGCUUCACUUAAAUGGUCCUGAGUAAGCUGCUCCUUACAGGACCAUUGAAAAGCUGUUAAUAAAAUUUAAAACUAUAACAACACUGGCCUAGAAAGAUUACAUAUUUAUGACUUGAUCUUGGGGUUGUCCAAUGUGCUUUAAUUCUUUUAUGAUGAAUGAAUAAACACAAGGUUCCUUCCUCUAACCCAGACUUCUGUCCUGUUCCAAAUCUGGUACACAUCUGUCACAACACUACAUGAAAUUAGGCUCCUAUGAGGGUAACUUUUUUAAAUAAAAGGUUGGUAACUGGUCAGAUUUCAAAGGGAUGCUCUUUCUUUUCAGAGAGGUGAACCUAGUGCGGCAAAAAUGCUAAAAAGAUACAUAGAGACUAUACUUCCUUAUAUAUUCUCUAGCUCUUUAGAGGUUAUUUUGUUAGUCAGUCAACUGAGCACUGGUUUCACAGUAGUCGGAUAUAUGUCAUGUAUCCUUUUUAUGGAAAUGGCGAUGUACCUUUUUUAUCUCAAUCAUGAUGUCUCCUGAUAGGAAAUACAAGGAGCUCCUUGCUGCACCCUGCCACAGUCAGCUUCAGGAAUGCCAGGGUCCUAAGUCUUAACCAUUUGUAAAACGAUCAGACAAUUGUGAUGGAGGUAGCAAAUAAUGAAAUGGGGGCGGGGAAAUCUCUUGGUUGCUACAACAAUGUGACGUGAAAUUCCAGCGGAUCAAUCAAGGCAGCUUGCUCCUUCAUGAUAGUGGAAAGGGUGGAGACUUCCUUAUGGAUCAGCCAUAGUUGCAGAAAUUAUUGUGUUGCUGCUAGUGCGGAAUGGAAUCGGUCAGCUGGCAGAAUCAACUUUCCAAGAGCCAGAAAUCAGUUUCAAGCCUUCCGUUGUCGUAAGACUGAUAUCCGCAUAUCUCAGUUUUAAGUUGUGAAGAAUGCCUGAUUAAGACUUGUGUCAGUGAGCAGGAGUAUACAAGAGGAGGGUGGGGGAUACUGAUGAGAAAGGUGAUGACACUGAAGCAUCUGAGUUGGAUAAUAUGAAGCAAAAAUGCUUGUGUUGGCCUGACGUCUGCUUAGUGUAACCUUCACCACAUUUAAAAUCUGGCUUUUGCUGUGCAUUCAACAUGUGUGUUUCAUAUGUACUCUGUAUUUUAUUUGUUUGACUUCAUUUUUUAAAAUAUCUCUUUGGGCUCUUCCUGAGAUUCCAUGAUGAAAACUAAGAACUCUUUAUUCUCUUCAGUAUUAUGUACCUUUGUAUUUACAGAACAUUAUUGGUAAUUUCCCUUAAAAUAGUUAACCAUUUUAUUUCAUCAUGUCAUAAUAACAGUUGAUGGACUUGGUUCUGUUUUGUAAGUGAUGUCAGUGUCUCAUGCGCACUUCUCUUAAGUUGAUGAUUUAAAUACUUGUCUACUCUUUGAUAAUAUUUGACUGGUCAAUUGAGCAAUAUUCCUUUACCAAUGAGUUGCCUGAAAUCUUGUAUUUCAUUUCAUAAUGUUAUGUUCUCAGAAGCAUGAUAAUGAUUUGCCCUAUGUUGAGGUGGAAAAGUAAUUGAUAGAUCAUAGUGGUUGAUUAUAAGAUACAGCCAUUAAAAUUUCAAGUAAAACUGUAUUAUUACCAGAGCAGACAGGUAACCCAUUAUUUUGUAGCUGGUCAAAUGGAAUCAGAUAUCUGUAAAAGCCUAUCGAAAGAGAGAUGUAUUUCAGCUGACACGGAAAAGUAAACUGUUGAUGCUUGGAGAGCAUUCCAUAGUUGGGCUGCCGCUACAGAGAAAACUGUGUCCUGUUCACUACACAAUGUUACUUAUGUGGUAAUGGGAUUGAGAAGCCACCCCGCUUAAGCUUCUUUGACAAAAAGGCAGGAGAAAAGUGCAGUAAAAUAAAUUAAUGUAUAGAUUGCAAGACAACAAGUUGCAGUCAUAUAUAUAUAUCCAUUUAUGUUUUUAGAGCAUUGUGAUGUAUUCAAGAUCCCAGAUUAAGAAAGUCUGUGCUGAGGUGUUUGCCAUGCAGUGUCAGUACUCCAAGAUCAUGGCAGCAAAGGAUUUUCUUCAGUCUUGAAUCGUCAAACUUCAAAAAAUCAUGUAAAACCUUUAGGAUGACUUUUGUGGAACAAGGUUGAUUUUCACUCAUAUAUGAAUGCUGGCUUUUGUACUUCUAUGCAGAUUCAGAAGUAAGCUUUGCAUAGAUGAGUAGAACAUGAGAUUAGGACUCUAUGGAAAUACUUGAUGUGAAAAUUAAUGGCCAUGGUUAUUGCUUUGAAUCUAACCUUCAAAACCCCUAUUUGCAACUCAGCUGGAUGGGCAAAUUCAUUUUGCAUUAGUUUCUGUUGGUUUCUUUGUUACACAGAUCUCUUCUUGUGGUUUCUGGGCUAGUUUUGCUCUCUAGAGUAGCAACUCCCAAACUGUGUUCCACAGGCAACUACAGUGGUACCCCUGGUUAAGAACUUAAUUCGUUCUGGAGGUCCGUUCUUAACCUGAAACUGUUCUUAACCUGAGGUACCACUUUCGCUAAUGGGGCCGCCUGCUGCGGCCGCUGCACAAUUUCUGUUCUCAUCCUGAAGCAAAGUUCUUAACCUGAGGUACUAUUUCUGAGUUAGUGGAGUCUGUAACCUGAAGUGUCUGUGACCUGAAGCGUCUGUAACCCGAGGUACCAUGGUAGUUGUCCACAAGCUUCAUUCAGGUGGUCCACAGCAUAUUUGUGAAGAACAGUUACAAUUUGAAUUCCAUAAAAUUUGAUGGCAUUCAAAUUCUGUUACAAUAAAAUGCAUUACAGUGGUACCUCGGUUUAACAGCAGCCCUGUUUAUGAACUAUCCCGGUUUAAGAACGCCGCAAAACUGGAAAUAGUAUCCUGGUUUGCGAACUUUACCUCAGUAUAAGAACGGAAGCCGAACAGUGGAAGGGCACCGGCGGCAGGAGGCCUCAUUAGGGAAAGCACGUCUCAGUUUAAGAACAGUUUCAGUUUAAGAACAGACUUCCGGAAUAGAUUAAGUUCGUAAACUGAGGUACCACUGUAUAAGAAAAUAAGAAGCAAUAAAAAUACAACUAAAGAUCAUAUAGCAUCUAGCAAAGUGCAUUACAGUUGCUACAACAGGCAGAAAACAGGGUUCUGCCAGGAACCUUAGCACUUUUCAAGUGGUUCAUGGCGAAAGGAAGUUUGGGAACCACUGCUCUGCAGGAGCCAACUAAAGCAUGCCUGAUUUCUUCUGGCUACAGCCUAUUAUGUAGAAAGGAUUUUCCAUGUGGACAUCUAUGCAGCUUUGUGGUCUGUUCUGUCAACGUAAAUAAUGUACAUUCAGUUAGAAGGAAAUAUAAUAAGCACGCAACGUAUGCACAUUUAACUUGUGCACAUUCCGCUUUAUGUGCUUGGCAAAAAACAAACAAAUAAGGGGUGGAAAGGCGUCAGUGUCUGGGGGGAAAAGACUUUGGCAAUCCCACCUGCCAUGACCAUAUGCAAUUUUGGCUUUAGGCAUGAUCCCCAGAACUAUAGUGAAUGUUGAGAAAUCUGUGUAGUUACAAAUAAUGUCCCGCCCUUAUCAAUAUUCAUAUUGUAUUGCCAUUGGUAUUCCAGGUGACAACAGUUGCAUACUUUCAUCUGUAUAGACACACUUGUGUUUACUCUUGAUGCUGCAUGACAUUUUGAUCCUAAACAGUCUUACCUCUUGUUUGCUUACUAUCAAAUCAACUGUGUGAGAUAUUAAAGAUUUAUAUUGCAGCAAAAUUAAGCAUUUGCAAAAGCCUCAAAGUAAUACUGAUUUAAGGUAGUCUUUUAAUGUCUAUUCAUGGCUGUUUAUAGCCAUAAGACUGCAAAUCUAUUGUUGCCUCCUUUUAUUUAAUUUAAUUAUAAGACAAGUAGAUGCCAUUUCUUUCUCUUCCUGCCCACAGCAAAACUAUACUACUACAACAGAACUGUCUUUGUUUUUAUGAAUCUAUGAAAUUGUGUAACUCCAAGAGCAAUCCUUCCUUUCAGGAAGAGACUGUUCCGUUUAGGUCAAAAGUGACAAAAUUAAUAACUGGUGACACAGCAUUUGCUAACUCUGUAAUCCCACUGUUAGUAAAAUAAAAUACACCCCCCCUCAAGUUCCAUGAAUUAAAACAUAAGCUUCGUAGAAAUGAGAUAAAACAAAGCUCCCCCUCCUCACUUUUAAUCAAUGUAAAAUUUAGCAUGAAAUUGGAGAAGAUAAAAGGCUUACGUUUAAGGAGUUACCCCUUUGAGUUUAGAAGUAUAGCUGAACUGCUAGCUUGACAACUUUCUACAUUUUCCCUCACCGUAAUGUGGUUUGGCGCUACAUAAUGGAAAUGUUAUUUAUACAUGCCUGGUUGCAGCCUUGCAAGUGCAAAUAGUAAAGAAAUCCAUUUGAUCCAUGCCUUGCACUUACCAUACUUUUCUGUGUAUAACAUGCCCCCAUGUAUAAGAUGCCCCCUAUUUUGGGGGACUAAAAUUAAAGAAAAUGGGGGAAGAUUGCCGAAAAUCACUCACCCAACUGACGAACGCUAACAAUCGCGACACCCGCCAAAUUGCCAAAGCCAAUCCAAAGCAGCCCUUGCCGGAUCCGCUAAUAACCCACCCAUUUGACAAAGCAGCAGCCAAUCCAAAGCAGCCCUUGCAGCAGACUCCAUUCACCCACCCAAUCGCAAGGUCCUGCUUGCGGCUGCAACCAAUCGCCCGUUGUCGUCCCCCCUCUGCACUUCCCAUGUAUAAGAUCCCCCCCCCCAUUUAAAACUUUAUUUUUGUGUAAAAAAACCUUUGUCUUAUACACGGAAAAGUAUAGUAUAUUGAGCAAAUUUUAAAAGUGGGCAUGCCAUUGGGUUGCAACCCUGCGCCUUGUUCCACUUGCAAGAAAUCCUGCUGAUUUUUUUUUUUAAUGGCCACCUCCUACCAUGAUACUCACUGCUUGAACUGAUGACAAGCUGCUGCCAAUAUGGGGGAGAGGCAGUCAUGUGAGGAGCACCAUUGUGUACAGAUGUGUUUGCAGUUGCUUGAUAAAUGUCACUGGGCACUGAGUUCUUAGUAUACUGAGAAGAAUGUUCAUGUAUGUAUAUUUGUAGUAAUAAAAAAAAAUGUGCCAUGAAUUUAGCGUGGUUCCUUCAUCCCUUUGAUGUCCGUGUUUUUGGCAUGUGUUUUCAGGAAAGAGACUUGUUCGAUGAAUCAUAAAGGAUUUCCUAUCACUAAUAUGAUAAUUUACAAGGCCAGAUAGGAUAUUUAUUUGUCUGGAGCCAAUGAAUGUUCCUUACUCUCUUUUCACCCCGCUCCAAAAAAAAAGAUUGUCUAAUUCUGACUUCUUUUAUUUUUCAUUGAGAAACCAGUGAAACCAAAUCCUUAAUAUAUGGGACUGGUGUUUAAGGCUGCAGUCCUACAAACACAUUGCGAGUUAUAUAAUUGAACUAGUUUUUAAGAUAUUUUCAUUGUUUUAUUGUUUGUUUGCUUCCUUGGGCUCCUUUAGGAGGGAGGACAGGGUAUAAACUUAAUAACUAAAUAAACUAGUGGCUUUACUUUUGAGUAAGUUGCAUAGAAUCAAUUGCUGUGCUAGCUAAAUAUUUUUCUGCUAUGGAAAUGCAUCUGGGUUUGUUUGGUUUUUUAUCUCUUGGAAUUUAGUGUACUCUUACUAGUCUUUUGGUAGCUCUGAUUAGGAUGGUUUCAGUUUUAUGUCAUUAUGAAGCUAAUAUGUUACUUCUUUAGAGUAAAAACUACUUUAGUUUGGGAGAUCUAUGGAUUCCCAAGGACAAUAAGUUGGAUAACUUCCAUGUGCUGCCUUACCUGCCACACCCUCUGGGCUCAUGGAGCCUUCCCACAGAGUCCCUUUGACAUGCAAUCUAUUGCAAAUUAUCCAUGAACUACAGUAAUUCUUUUAUAAUACUUAUCCUAGUGACUGGAAUAGCAAAAUUUGCUAACUGUGCAGAGAAAGACUUGCUGGUUAAUAUCUAUUAAUUUUAACAUGCUUUUGUGCGAAAAGAGUUUGCUCUAUCAAAUGAACCUUAGAAACAUCUUACAAUGCAUCAAUAUAUCAUAUAUACCUGCCUAAAUGAUAAGUGACAGUCUCUGAACAUUACUGUUCUCUGCACCCCCAGGGCCCCGCACAAGCAAGCUGUAGUUGUAGUGGUAGAGCACAUGCAAAGCAGAAAGUCCCAGGUUGAGUCCCAUUAUCUAAAAAUCUCCAGGUAGUCGUUGCUUCCAAGUCCAUGUAAAUGCUGAGCUAAAUACACCAGUAAUGUCACUUAGCCUAAGGCAGCUUCCUAAACUAUGGGAGGUAAUUGCAAAAAGGGGGAAAAAGGAGGGGGAUAUAAGAACGCAAGUAUGUGAGGACAUGCUAAAGUAAAGUAUCAGCUAUAUUUGUGUAGUUUUGCUGCUGCUCGAGGUGCUGUGUGUUGUGUGUUUGCUCUUUUCAUUUAACCCCAUUCUCUUUUCCAAUAAUCUGAUAACUCCGGUACAAACUUUCUACCAGUGGGUUUCCAUAAGAAGUGAGGUGGGUGGCAGCCUGGGUUCUCAUGGCUGAGCAACUGGGUGAAUAUUUUGCCAUGGACUCACUUUUCCAGCUUUAAACAUGAAAGUUAUCAAACCAGUUCAAUUAAAAUGUAAUCCUCAUAAGGGGAAAAGGAACCGCAUUGACAUAACUCGUUCCAGAUGUGCUUACCAAUAGGCUCUUUCUUUCUCUGGCUUGGGAUUUAGCCAGGUUCAUCCGCUCUGUGCCUGUUUUUGGUCAGUUCCUGGGAAAUCGGGAAGAGCAGCUAGUGUGGGAAAAGGCAAAUGCUGAUAAAAUUUUGUAUUUGCGAAGUGUCAGGAAAGUGGACAACAGAGAUGAGAAGCAUUAAUGAAAGUCUCUUAUAGUAGCUAUGACAGGAUAGCACUCCAAAUUGCUAUAUCGUGUUCUUGUGUUAAGAUACUGUAUCUUCACUGCUAGGGUCGGGAACCUUGGGUCCAGAGGCCAAAUGGGCCUUUCUCUCUGGCCUUGGAACUCUCCUCAGGCAACACCUACUCACCAACUCUGCUUCCCACCCUUGUUGAGUGCUCUUCUCUGGUUGGAAUGUGUCCUAGAACUGCAAUAACAACUCUUUCUUAUCUGGAUGGAAAAUAGAGGUGGAUGUGUGUAGAAAUUAGCCUACUGUCACUAAAUGUUUCUUCCCUUGUUCCAGCCACUUUUUCCUUUGGUCCCACCCACCACUUGCAUAUGGGGGCUUGGAAACAGCUUCCCCACUUUUGCUUUACUUGGAGGUCUUGGAAGUGUUGGUCCAGCUGUAGUAUUGUUCAACUGGCAAAGGGAACAGAGACAGAGUUGGGAGGGCUGAAGCUGAUUUUCAGUUUUGGAGCCUUAGAUUGUGUGCCUAGAUAGCUCAGUUGGCUAGAGCAUGGUGCUGAUGACACCAAGGUUUCAAGUUCAAUCUCCAUAUACGACAGCUGCAUUACAGAAGGUUGGAAUAGAUGAUCCCCAGGGUUCUUUCCAACUCUAUAAUUCUAUGAUACUAGUGAAAUACUUUUCAUUGUGUGCUCCCCUCGUAAGUAUACAGUGUAUGUGUGUGACAUUAAUGUUUGCACUCUCUUGUGAGUUGUAUUUUUAAAACCAUAAUUCUAAAUAGUGAUGCUCAGGGUUCAACAAUGUUGCUCACCCCAGGGGCUGAGUAUGCUCAAAGCUUUCUCUGAAACUUGGAGCCGCAGAGGUGAUAGAAUAAAGCCUGUUGCCUCCCCAACCUCAAAUUUCCACUGAAGCUUGUGAUUUGUUUUGGUCCUACACUUGCCUAGUGUGUUCUAUGUCCCCUGGAGUGAGGACUCCUAGCUCAGAGUCUGCAUUAGGUAGAAUGUGAGUUUUCAUGCUGUGUUUCAGAGGUGUGUCAUGAGGUAAGGGGUUAAGGUAGUGUGGUCAUAGCAACAACUAAUUAUUGGUUCAAGCAUCUAGAGAACAAGCUGUCUUCAGGUCAGUUCUAGUAGCUUGAUGUAUUGGAGUGUUCUCAGCAAGCCUUAGGAGACAACUUUUUUGUUGGACCGUUCUUCCUGGCUUGUAGUGUUAUUCCAUGCAUACUGAUGGUGCCUAAUACAUAUUUCUAUCACAUUGUAGUGUAGUUUGGGUUGAUACUCCCAAGUAUUAUUGUUAUUAUGGAGAGUACAGAUGCUGCAACAGAAUCUCAGAUGCAACAGCUGUUCAGAAUCUCUCCAGCUGUUAUCCAUGCAGCACAAUAUUGCCUUGCAAUUUUACAUGCUUAUUAUUUAUUUAUUUAUUUAUUUAUUGAAUUUAGUUAUUGGAUAUAGUUUUGUUGCAAUCUGUGAGAGUUCACUUGAUAAUAAGGAGUUAACAUAUAAAGAAUCAAUGCCCAUUUCCCCCAAAAUCAAUGCCCAUUUCCCCCAAAAAGCAGCUCACUUUCAUCACCUGGCUGACUAUGGACUUUGUGUGCACAGCGUCUCAAUUUAGGUUUCAAUCCACAUAAUAAGUUCAGGAGGAAAUUGUUGUUGAUUAAUCAUACAGCCAAAUGUAUAUGGUUUUGUAUGCUAAAAAAGGAAAUUAGGAACUUUGGAUACACUGUUAAUUCAAAAGUGCAUUCCAGUAUAGAUCUGUUUCUCUGAUGCUGAUGAAUUUGGCUUUCAAAAUAUGUUUCAGAAUAACACAAUAGGAGAUUUAUUAUAUGAUCAUUUAAGGUUUUUUGAGGGAGAGCCACAGGUUCAACAUCUCCCUUAGAAGGCCUUUUCAAUUUAGAUUCUAUUACUUUGGGGUGGUUUUUUUAAAAAGCCCUGAAUUUUUGUGUUAGCUUUGUUUCUGGGUUUGUUUGUUUUUUAAUCAUUAUAAAAAUAAAUGAGAUUAUGAGAAUGCAAACUAUUUUUGAUAGCCUAACGUUUAAUCUGUUGCACAGAUAAUAUAUAUUAAUAUCAAAGCUGUUAUAAAUAAAACAAAAAUCCAGCAAGCAUCUCUCUUGGAAGUUAAAUCUAGAUAUACUACUGUGCUGGGGAUGCCUACAUGUAAACAUUUAAUUAAACAACAGUAAGAGAAAGAAGAAAUCAAAUAAGUUUGAAAAUAAAUCUUUAACCCUAGUCCAAAUAAACCGGAUUUUGACCCAAAGUACAAGCACUCUUUCAAUUAUAUGCAAUCCAGCAGAGUGUAGAUAUUCUUUUAGUUUUACUUGUUCAUAUCUGUCUAAUAUAAUUCAGUAUGUGGUAUAAUAUGUUGCUUCUUCUUCUUUUUAAAAUGCAGUCUCUUUCCUUCUUGUAGCUAGGGAAAAAAAUCUAGGUCAAAGAGAUGCUGUCUUAUUAAUAACUUAGGGCUCCGUUCAACAGAAAUUAUCUUCAGUGGCUUCCUAGCUUCUCUGUUCCAUAUCCAUUGUUCUGAGACCCUUGCUUCUGACCUUUUCCUCAUCUACAGCCUUCUAAGUUUCAUACAGCCAAAGGUUGUGUGACUGUGUGUGCUUAUGAUUGAUUUCUUUGGAUUUUUUUCAGCUUUUGUUUCUGCAUUUACAUUGCUGUUCCUCCAACAGAAAUACUUGCUAGCAUGACUCAGUGGCUAAACAUAUUUUACUCAGAAGCAAGUCCUUUUGAUUUAAGUGAGAAUAAGGUCUACUUCACGUGCACAUUACUAUAUGUUGGCACUGUGACUAUUCCACUGUGGGGUGCCACGGGGUACCAUUCUGUCUCUGAAGCGGUUUAACAGUGCUUAGGGGAUUUGGCGUACUGUAUCAUCAAGAUGCAAGUGACACACAGCUCUGUCACAACUGAAUAAUGUGCAGAUGUGCAAGUUCUGAGCCCAGUGCCUGGAUACAUUGGUGGUCUGCAUGAGGACCACAAGCUGAAGCUGAAUGCUGACAAAGCUGAGACCCUGGCUGUGAGUGGUGGUGCCCAGUUCUGGGAGUUAGUCUCCCUGUUUUGGACUGAGGUGGCUCUCCCAAUUAGGGAGCAGGUGUGUGCCCUGGGGGAACUCACCUUUAACACUGGAGCCCCAAGUGCCUGGCUAGGAACAUUUUUUACAGCUUCAUUUGGUGUGCUAUCUACUUUUGUAUCUGGACAAGGAUAGGUUGGCAACAGUGAUCCAUGCACAGGUAACCUCAUGAUUAGAUGAUUGCAAUGUGCUCUCUGUGGCGCUGCCCUUGACAUUGGUCUAGAAUUAUAUAGUUGGAAGGGAACCUGAGGCUCAUCUUGUCCAAUGCCCCGCAAUGCAGGAAUCCUGCCCACAAUCAUCCCUGGGUGGGCUUGAACCAUUAACCUUGUUAACAGCCAUAUGCACCAACCCUUUACGCCACGAGGCUUCUGCAGCUGUGCAAAAUGCAGUGGUAAUGCUGCUAGCUGGAGCAACCUACUAUGGUCAUGUAACACCAUUGCUGAAAGAGCAGCAAUGGCUGUCAGUUUGCUACCAGGCCAAGUUUAAGGUUUUGUUGUCUUACAAAGCCUUAAGCAGUUUGGAACCUGAAGGAAUGUGUUCACCCAUAUAGACUGGCUAUCAAGAUAUUAGGAUAUGGCCUGUUCAGUUGUUCACAACAUGCAGAAGAGCAUUUGGCAGGAAUCAGGGUGAGGGCUCUCCCCCCCCCUCUUGUGGCACCUGGUCCAUGGAAAUAAGAUGGACACCAAUUCUGUUGAGUUUUUGGCACCUCCUGAAAACACGACAAAAUUGCUGUCCAUCUUAUUUCCAUGGACCAGGUGCCACAAGAGGGGGGGAAAGCCCUCACCCUGAUUCCUGCCAAAUGCUCUUCUGCAUGUUGUGAACAACCGAAUGGGCCAUAUCCUUUUAUGGAUCACUGGUGCAAGGCAUUGACUGGUAAUGAUGAAUUUAGUGUGUUUGUUUAUUGUGAUUUUACUUUGUUUUCCUGUAUUGUUUUGUUAAGUUGUAUUUUACUGUUGUAAACUACUUUGGGAUUUGUAUGAAGGCUGCUAUAAAAUAUAUAUUAAAUAAUUGCUCUCAUGUUCUCACUCUAUAUAUGUCCUUACAGCUGUAGCUUUCCAAAUUAGCUGCUAGUUCAGAAUGGGAGGCAUGUGUUUGAAGGGUACUAUAUUUCCCAGUAAUAAUGCCUAGGGUUGGAACCCUGAACUUCUUGUUGGGAAGUAUACUUUAUCUAUUGUUUUUGGUCAGCAUUUAGGAAGGCUGUCCCAGGAGAAGUUUUCUGCAAUGAUGAGGGUUAAUAUGUUGAGAUUAUUUCUGGAUGAGGGGAAGGUUUUAGAGAAAACUCAUGAAAGCCCAUCACUACAUCUUAGAUGGAGGGAAAUCCUUAUGCAUUUAACUAAUAUUUUGUAAGAGGCUGGGGGGCAUUUGCAGAAAUUGGCUACACAAAAGAAGUUGCAUCUUUUUGUGAUGUAAAUGCAUGGGUUUGCAUAAGCCUGAGAUGUGAAAGGAAGAAGUUAAUCUAGAGGAAUUACUCCCAGCACAACUACUUCCAAGGUGAACCAAAAUCUUACUAGGUAGCUCACCUGCAGCAUCAAUUUUUGGUACCCAGACAGUAAUAGAAGGUUCUCCACAGGAGGGUCAUCAUCAUAGGGGAAGGCCUGUUUUCCAGGUCUAAGAAGGCUGUCUUCUGUGAUUGUAUCUGGGGCAAGAGGUGCCUUUCACUCACAACCCAAUAUGGCUUCUUGCUUCUACAAGUAGAUGACCAUAUAAGGAGUUAAAUGCAAAACUCGUAUAUCAACAUUUAUUAGAUUGUUUAGAUUAUGUACAAUAAGUUAAAUGAAAACAGCUUUAAAAUGUAACAAUGAAAAAAAAUUGUACUGAAAGUCAAACCAGCACUAAAUAAUAAAACAAUGUCAAACACAAUUCAUUUUAUACACCAGAAACCUAAAAUUAUAUUGAAAUGUAAAAAAGGCCCACCCACAUCAAACAGCAUAGACAAUACUAAAUUAAGAAAUGAUACUGGUAUUUGGCCCACUGUGUGAACUACUGCAGUUAAUUUGGCCCCAAAAUUCAUCCCCCUUUGAAAUAAGGCCUACUUGUAUUAAUGUCUUUUUCUGGUUUUGAUUUGUAGCAUUGCCUUGUUGAGUUGCAAACUCUGUCAUAGUGACUAGUUGGACUGCAGGCUUUAAUAUGAUGUUCUUUUAAGUUGCUAAAUAAAUAAUAAUCCAGUUUGGAGGUGCUAAGUACAAAGAAUUGGUGCACUGUUAUAACAUUCAAUAUUUUGUUUACUAGAACAGCUGAGCCCACACCUUGUUAAUAAAUCAUUUCCAAAAAUAAAACAUUUGUUGCAUUUUAUGCUAGUCAGACUUAAAAGAGGUGUGUGAAUUUUGAGGGAAAGCAGGUUAAUAAGCAGAGGCAGGACAUGCACUUUCUAAAUCGUGUUUGCAUGUUAAAACAACUAAGGGUGUAAUCUAACAGGGAGGGAAGAAACAGGUGGAUGAACGGCCUAAUCCAGGAGUCAGCAAACGUUUUCAGCAGGGGGCCAAUCCACUGUCCCCUCAGACCUUGUGGGGGGGCCGGAUUAUGUUCUUUUUGGGGGGGGGAUGAACAAAUUCCUAUGCCCCAUAAAUAACCCAGAGAUGCAUUUUUUUAAAAAAGGACACAUUCUACUCAUGUAAAAACACGCUGAUUCCCGGACCGUCCGUGGGCUGGAUUUAGAAGGCGAUUGAGCCGGAUCCUGGGCCUUAGUUUGCCUACCCAUGGCCUAAUCCAAUGCCCUGUUGGGCUUAUGCCAUCAGAGGAAAGUGUGGGUGGAGUAGUGUGUCAGGGGAAUGGGAGGAUUCUCCCAGAAUGACCAUGGAGAACCACCUGAUGUAUCCUCUUUGUUGGAGAAGAACCUAUAAUGGACUUUCCCAGAUCCUUACAGAAGGGACUUGCAACAUUGUAUAUUUCUCUGCAAUGGUGGACUUUUCUCUCUGCCACUAGAGAGGGAGAUUUGACACAUCCAGUGGCCCCUGGGAUGGGGGCCCUCUCCCCCAGUACUGUAGGGUUGUUAACUUUCAAGGUUAACACAUUUAUUACGUCAUACGCUUUCGUGGACUCUGGUCCAGGAAAGUAAGUGUCCAUAAGACUCACCUAGUUUUUAGAGGGGGAAAACAAGAAAAAAAAUAUUCUGAAUCAAAUGUUGUACUAAACUAUUUAAUAAACUACCGGUAUAUCAGAAUAAUAUUUUAACCAUGUAAGGUGAACAGCAGUCAACAGUGGCAUUAACAAAUGAAGAGAGACUUUAAGGUUUGAGUACUCUUCUAGUCUUCUGUGAACCCCAAGAACUCAUCAGUGCUAUAGUCAGAAUUUAUGAAGCUCAGUUGCUCACAAUCACUGACAUCACUUUCUUCGCUAUCUUCAUACAAGAUACCAUCUUCGUUUCCAUCCAAAGCAUUGCUAAUGCCACAUUUUUUCAAUGACUGUACAACAGUUUCCUCCUUCACCGAGUGUUUUCACCCAUUCACAAACUUGAGUGAUAGUGGACCUCUUCAUUUGUCCAGUAGGUGUGAGAUCAUGAUUAUCAGCAGCCAUCCAUUUGUUCCACUCUUCUCACAUAAAGACCUUAAAUGGCUUUUUGAUGGAAACGUUGAGAGGUUGCAACCGGCUGGUAAGACCUCCAGGAAUUAUAGCUAGAUGAGUCUUCACUUCUUUAAAGCACUUUUUUGUAGUUUCGCUAAUAUGUGCUCUAAACUGGUCAAGUACUAAUAAGGCAGGUUUUUUCAAAAGCCCUCCAGGACGUUUGGACCACACUUUUUCAACCCAUACUCUCAUUCCAUUUUCGUCCAUCCAUCCUUUCUCAUGAACAUGUACAACAACUCCUCUUGGAAUCACUUCUUUUGAAAAUGUUUUCCUUUUGAAAAUUAACAUGGGUGGCAAUUUGGUGCUGUCUGCACAGCAAGACAACACAACCGUGUAACGGGUUUUCUCAUGUCUGGAGGUUUUCACAACGAUAGUUUUGGCACCUUUCAGAUCAACAGUCCUAUUAGAUGGCACAUCAAAGGUUAGCGGGACUUCAUCCAUAUUCCCAAUCUGGCCAAUUUCAAACUCAUUUCUCUUCCUAGCAUCACUUACAAAUUUAUGAAAAGACAGAAUCUUAGAUUCAUAUUCUUCUGGCAUUUUUUGUGCAAUUCUAGUUUUGGUGUGCAUAGCAAGGCCACAUGGCCUCAUAAAUCUGUAGCACCACAAUGGUGAUCCAGUAAAAUCGUGAAUGCCUUUCUCUACAGCAAUGCUUUUGGCUUCAUAUAUUAUCAUUUUUGUAGAGACUGAGAAGCCAUUAUUCCAGUGAUUUGUGAUCCAUUAUUUCAUGGCCACGUCCAACUGUGGCCACUUUGCAGCAUUUCCAUGAAAAGUGUGCUUUUAUCUGCUUUUUGCAGCUGAUCCUCCUGUUUCCUCCACUCUCUUACCAUUUUUUCAGUUGGAGGUGGCCCAAAAUGUCUCUCCGCUGCUCUAUUUCCAUGCUCCUUAGCAUAUUUUACAACCUCUAGUUUAAAAGGAAUCUUAUAUGCUAGUCUUGUAUGUAGAAUCCCUCCACCCAUGCAAGCAUCAUCCCAAGGGAGUUGCACGAGCGCGCCCACCCAUCCCAAUGGGGUGGCUGAACACGGGGGCGGAGGGAUUACAUGGCUCCUGCUAUGCUUGCUUUACACCCGUGUAAGUGGCUCCUUUCCUGCUCUGCUGCUUUAAAGCAAGCCAUGGAGGAGGGAUGGACAGGAACCAUGGCUCCAGUCCGUCCUUCCUCUGCGCAGCAUUCACUUCAUAAGACACACAGAUAUUUCCCCUUACUUUUUAGGAGAAAAAAAGUGCAUCUUAUGGAGUGAAAAAUACGGUAACUUCAUAGCACAAUCACUAAGAUGGAUGGCACUGUAUUUCACAACAAGCCCCUUCCCUUGAAUUAUGUAGCUUUUUAAAUUUUAUUUUAUUUGUUAGUGGUAAUAGUGCAGACAUGGUGCAUCUGUAUGACCUGAAUAUAAUCUGACCUAGUCACCCAAAUUCUGUCUCUUCCUGUAUGUUGGAUUGACUUUUCCCCCCAGCUCCCCUGCUUGCACCUGUAAAUUCCUACCUUAGUGCAGGAAGUAUUUCUAAAUAGUUAUGUUUCUGCUUCCAUCCGCUUUCAAGUGUGUUCUAUCCCUUUUCUGCAUUAAUCGGUGAAUUUUGAAAACCAAGUGGGAUUAAAAUUUCCAUUUAAAUAUGUUUUUAAAUAGGCAUUUCUAAAUGCAUUUUCUAUCAAAAUAAGGAUUUUAGAAUAUGUAGUUUGAUUCUGCACCCCCCCCCCCGAAAAUCACUAUGUCACAGUGUGAAUUCCAGGUGAUGGCUGCAUUCCAACCUGUGCAUUAAUCUAGGAGAUGCAGAAUAAUUCAGUUUGUACUGGAAACUGCGAAAAACUCCACAUUCCCCCAGUAGCCUCAUCUAUCGCUAAUAAACUAGUGUUUGCCAGUGUGACAGGUCCCUGGCAUUGGUAUCAAAUGCCAUUUUCUUUCCGUUUGUUUGUUUGUUUGUUUGUUUGUUUAAAAAAACACCUUUGCUUGUUGCCUACAUAACAUAUUUAGAUGUAUCUGAAAUAACAGAAUUCUUUUCCAUGAACAUCAUUUUUGCUUGCAUGAGUGUCCUUUAAAUUAUGCAUUUCCCUGGGCAUAAGCUGAAUAUCUUGAACGUCCUUAAAGUCACUAGCAUAUCAGAGGCAUUAUCAUAAAACAAAAAAUAAAUACAUUUUCUGUCAUUCUGUUUAUUCUAGCUUCUGAUUUCAUCACAUCUUACGCAUAAAGGAUGGAAAGCACUGGGCUCAAAAGGGAAAAUUAGGGCACCAGGAAACCUAAAAUCUAACUUACUCAUGAAUAUUGCAUUGUGUGUCCUUCUCUAACCCACACAAAAAGAACUAAUAUCUCUGCCUUUUAUCCAAUUGCAUAUUUUUUGCAGUGCUGUAGAACAUAGAUGUGGGCAGGGAGGAAAAUGAAGAAACCCUUUUGUUUAAAAUAUCAUUUUAAUUAGCAGCUAGUUGCAGCAAGCCUUUAAAAAGUUGAGAAAACUGUCUCCUUGCCUAGGACUGUGUUCUAUUUAAAACAUUUUUGGAUGACUUCAUAGAUGUUGAAACUUUGGUUUCUACCCCCUCCCUCAUUUGGCAUACUGUUUGAAUUCUCAUAUUGCAUACAUUUCUUUCCAGAGUUCUCAGUUGUAUUUCUGUGUGUUUGUAUGGUCAUACAUUGCUGUCUUAAUUCAGUUCUAUUUUGUUACAUUUGAGGAUUUUCGUGGAGUUUUGCACUAUGUCUUGCCAUGGUCUCAGAUAUCCAUGGGAAGUCUACAGAGUGUCUUGGAUAUCCUUGCUUUUCCAAGCAAUUCUUCCAGUGUUCUGCCCUCCCUCUGAAAGAGCAGUUGCACAAACUGAUGCACAUUUAUAGUGGCAGGCGAGAUGUAUUUAUCUUAGCUGGUUUGGGAUGGGGAUUUGCAUUUGAAUGUUCAUCCCCACUGCAAUCCUUCGUCCAUUUUACUCUGUACCAAAGGGUUUUAUUCGGUUAACGUUUACUCAGGGUAGACCCAUUGAGAUUAAGGUCUAUGACUUAUUUAGGCCUAGUAAUUUCAAUGGGUCUACUCUGAGUAAAGGUUAGUUGAAUACCACCCAAGACUUUGCACAUCCAACAGCCAACUCUUCCCUCUCAGACAAAAAAAUAAAUUGGAUAGAACUGGUCAUAAAUUUCAGUCACCAUCAGAACAACAAAUAUUUGCAUUGGAAAUACAACAUUACCAGUUACUUACCAUGAUAGUCCAUUUAUGGCUAGGGAAGGAGAAAUUAAAGGCUUUGGUGUUAGACGCCUCUCUAAAGACGUGCAAAAUGUUAUUAAAUAGUUAAUAAUAAUAUUUUCAUUAAAAGUAAUCAGAGUGGUGAGUUUCACUGGAGCCUAGGUCUAUAAGGGAACUUGUGUUCUUUAUUUUCACAGCUUCUGCUAUGAAUACCCCCCCCCUUUCCUUUGCUUAUGAUGGAACUCUUUCAUGUGUACUGGUUAAUAGUGUGCACCACAUGAGCACUGUCUGUGUUCACACAUCGCCCCUCUACUUUCUCAAUUCUUCUCUUUGCCACAUUUGUAUAGUAGCACCAAACAGCUUCCUUGGAGUUUCUGUGGAAGAAUGAUGGGAAAACUUUCUCCAUCUGCUGUUUCAGAACUUCUCGUAUAAAAUCUGUUUCCUAUUAAGUGAAACUGUAGAAGACACAAGCUUUCCAAGAGGGCUGGAUGUCAAAUGCACUCUCAUAAGUAAGAAGUACAAAAAUACUAAACAUAGAAUAAUGGCUACAAGGUGACUAAACAUGUGAUGUGCACUUCUUUUGUAUACAUGUCAUUUCCUUCUGUUCUAAUAUUUCAAGGUUGUCAGAAGGCUACUGAAAGGUGAUAGUGGUGAGCUGAAAUGCCAAAGCAAUUGGGCUGAUAUUCUUGUGUGCUGAUAUAACAACUUGUAGCUGAUUAGUUUCAGCAUAACAUGGAUAGGGAUGUGCUUUCAUUCAGUAAUACAGUAUGGAAUGGUGGAUCGACAUAUUUAUUUGGCUAUAUGGUUGUCCAUCCAUAGUAUAUUGCUUUAAAUGGGAUGUGCAUUGGAAUGUGCAUUCCCCCAUUCAUGUUCUGCAAUUUGUCACUCUUAACUAAGUGAAACUAGAGCUUUCUCAGGGCAAAAGCCUUGCUACACCAUGCUGCCAUGCAGUGAAACUGAGCCUCAGCAACAUGAACACAUUCCUUCCUCUUCAAAUGAGCCCUAAAAUGGUGUUGAAGCAGCAGUAACUGAGGACUACAACUUGCAGCAAAAAAAAACUUUUCCAAGAGGGUUGUUGUUUUUCUUUCUGCAUCUCUUGAAAGCCCACUUUGUCCCUUGGAAAUGCUUGAGUGAACAUUUUGACACAGAAUUUCCUUUCAGUAGAAAGCUACAGAAAGGUGAACUCAAAAAGCUAGGUGCCCAUCAGGAUUUCUGUUGCAUUAGGGGAAUAAUAGUGCUGAAUAAUGAAGGCAGAGGGCAAGGUACCAAUAAUUAAAUCCCACUGUACUGCAGCCCAUUUUCAUUUUGGGGUUUGUCACAACUUCUUGGCUUCCAGAAUGAGGAUAUGGCAGUCAGCACGGAGAGACCAUGGUGUUGUGGUUUCCACUUUGGAGGGGGGGAAAAGGAUUGGGCAUCGGAUAUUCUAGGAGAUGCUUGUUCUAACUCUGAGUAUAUAUUUUGCUUGCUUUAGUGAGCAUCUAUUCAAUCCUGCUCAUAUAUGUCGACACGAAAAAUAUUGCAGGCACACAGAUUCAUGGAAACUAUGAGAUGUUGAAUGACAAAGGACUUUCUAUUGUGCAACAGAACUUCACCACUUCCCCCAUGUGUACUCCUGAAAUAUGCUCUGGGUUUCCCCUGACUCCCCAGAGCAGAUUUGAGGAGAGUGCAGGGCAUGCAUACAGAGAGGAGAAGGGAAGUUGCACUACACAAGCAAAAAUCAUUGUGCUGGCAGAAACAAUUGGAUAUUGUCCAGCGUCUGCACCAUACAUAAACAUAGAUUUCUCAUUAGUGUAAGGUUGGAUCAUGUUCAGACAUUUAUUUGAAAGUGUGUAGGGAGAGGGGAGCAAGAUUGUGUGUGCUGACUUCAUACCUGCCCUACAUGUAUUCAGUGUGAUAUCAGAAAGAUAUUUGUAUUGCACGCCUAUGCAAACUCUCUGCACUUAGGCUCUGUCUUUGCAAUCAGAUCUCAUAAAUAAGUAGCAGUUGAAUAUUAAGUGGUAAAGAAACACAGUGGUACCUUGGUUGUCGAACGUAAUCCGUUCUGGAAGACAGUUCAACUUCCAAAACAUUCAACACCCAAGGCACAGAGGGGGGUUGGCAAAGUCAGUGGAGAAAAAAGAAGAAAACGCAGCAGAAGCCGUUUGAUUUCUGAGGAACAUUUGAAAAUGGAAGCAAUUACUUCUGGGUUUUUGGCGUUUAGGUUCUAAAAUGUUCGGCUUCCGAGAUGCUCGAAAACUGAGGUACAGUGGUACCUCGGGUUAAGAAUUUAAUUCGUUUUGGAGGUCCGUUCUUAACCUGAAACUGUUCUUAACCUGAGGUACCACUUUAGCUAAUGGGGCCUCCCGCUGCUGUCGCGCCGCCAGAGCAUGAUUUCUGUUCUCAUCCCGAAGCAAAGUUCUUAACCCGAGGUACUAUUUCUGGGUUAGCAGAGUCUGUAACCUGAAGCGUCUGUAACCCGAGGUACCACUGUACUUGAAAUAAACUGUACGAGUAAUGACUCUUGUGUUGGUGUACAUUAAAAGUUUAUAUAUAAGAUGUCAUAAGGUGUUUUAAUUUUAAAAUAUUUCAUAUGCAAAUAGGCUUAUUGCAAGAUGCAUGUUUUGGUUAAAUGAUUAUUUUUUAGCUGAAUCCUUGCCUAUGUAUGAUUAUUUCAAUUUUAUUUGUCCUUUCUGUUAAAGUGAUACACAUUUUUGUUAAUGCUGUGGGGCCUUUUAAAGUUUGACAUAGCUUAGGGGCUCCUCAGGCCUUAGCCUGACCCUCGUUGUAGUCCAUCAAUGUUUAGGGGCCCACAGGUUCCCCAGCGCUGUGCUGAAGAGGUCUAUUAAGGCACAUGUUAUGGACAAACUAUAAACAGAUGUUAUACAUAAUUCAUUUUAUGUAGUAUGGGUGGCUUGAGUCGCUGUGGAACAUGUUGCAUAGUUUGUCUUCUGCAUUUUUCAUUUCCGAAUCUUAUCAUUGAUUUUAUGCAGGUGGCUUGAUGUGGGAGUGGCCAAAGUGUUUGUUUGGUGUCUUAAUGCCACUGUGGAAGUUGUUUGAUUCUAUUUAUUUCCUUAAACAGAAAUGCACUUCUCAGAUUAUAUGGGGUGCAAUAACUUUUAAAGGUUUCCUGUUGCGACCUCAUUUGGGCUUCAGUUAUUCCUGUAAAGUGUGUGUGUGUGUGUGUGUGUGUGUGUGUGUGUGUGUGUUUUAAAAAAUAGUGACUCAGCCUGCCUGUCUCCUUGAAUUGAGAGUAUUCUUUUUACAGACUGAUUCUCUUUGUCAUAAUGUCCACUGGCAAAGAUCUUCUGUUUCCAAUUAGAUGCAAGGCCAGGAUCUCCCACACCUUUUCUGUUUUGUCAAAUCACUUCUCUUGUUCCAAGAAUAGAACUAUCUUUCCUAGUUCAGUUGCAGAGCAGAAGGUGCUCUUUUGGAAGAGACUGUCAUGCUUCAACUGAAUAGUCACAGAAUCCUGUAGCUGUCUAGUCAGUUAAAAUUGGCAUAAUUCUUUCUCUUUCAUUAGUAUGUUAAUUUUCUUUAUAGUGUUAAAGUGCUAUAUCAGUAGCUUCUGUAUGUUCCUGUUAAGUAUCAAAAUUGGCAUUGCUUAUCAUCUUUAAGACUGAGCAAUGGAUUAAAACAUCCUUUCGUAGAUUUGAAUACAUGUAGUGGCUCUUCAGGGAAUGUUAGUCAACCCAGCUUCAUAAAUUUGUCCCAAACUAACCUUGGCUUGUUUUGAGAACAUAGUACUGUAUACUUUCACAGGCACUGGAAUGUAAUCAACAAGAGUAAAGAGAGGUCAGGCGAUGUCAGAUGAGCAAAUUGUAUCUAAUAUAAACAGAACUGAUAUCCUAAAAUGACAAGAUUAGGGCAAUAGGCUCAACAGUUGUGGAUUAUUGAAUUUCCAGACUGAAACAUGGGGCAGAUUAGCAUACUCAGAAUAAAUCGGAGUUUUUGUGUUAGAAGCUAAAAAGAAGAGACUGUUACAUUUAAUAGGCAUGUAAAGAGGAUCUUGCAGAGUUCUGUGGUAUCAAUUUGAUUUACCUCUGGCAGGACUCAAGGUGGCAUACAGAUAUUAAAUAAGAACUGCUAAAAUUCAACUUAAAAGUAUGGAUUUGCACAUUCUUGCUGAAAAAUAUGUAUGUUUGUAUGUGUGGAAGAUCUCACCCUGAUAAUCCCAGGUAGAAAAGGUCCAUGUAUAUUCUGAGCCCAGGAUUGCAGUUUACCUGGCAUGGCCAAACAGGCUUUAGUCUGCCCUGUGCUGCAUAAAUUCCCAGGAUAGUGACACACAUGGUAUGUUUGGGGAGUGUUCGUUUGUGGUAGUAUGUGGCUUACCCACACUUUAUUUUGGGGAGCAGUGAGCCUAAUCUGCAACCCAAAGGGACACAACGUGCCCUGGAUGUGACAGAUCUGGCAGUUCUCACAUCAUUGUACAUAGUGCAGUACAUUUUGUCAUUUUGUUUGCUGAAAUUCUAAAAUACCAGUAUUGUAUUGAGAAUAACGCUAACCAUCUUCAGCUUUAGACAGAGUUCAAAGUGGUUUGCAAACCACAGUUAACACUAACUCUUAUGAGUUUAAACAUAUUUUCUGCAAAUAACUUUUUAAAUCGCGUAUGUGUGUUUCAUAUAGGGAUGGCACCUGGAAGGGACAGAACAGCACCCAUGUGUUUAUUUCACCCAGGGUCUUAACAGGAGAUCAGAAAAUGUUACAUCUGCCUUGGGCCUCAUAAGGAAGAUCUCACUUUUUAGGUGUAGUAGUAGUAGUAGUAGUAGUAGUAGUUGUUGUUGUUGUUGUUGUUGUGUUAUUGCUGAAGCAUGCACUACAUUAUCAUUUGUCUUCAGUUUGAAAUGCCAGGUCUUCAGAGGUUACCAUAUAUGGGAGUAAGAGGACAAGUGAAUUACUCUGCUUACUUUCACUUGUACGUUUAUAUUGUAGCUUUCCUCCAAGGAGCUCAGGGUGGCAUAUAUAGUUAUUCCCCCUCCUGAUUUAAUCCCCACAACUAUGUUGAGAGUAGAUUAGGUUAAGAAACCGUGACUGGUCCAAGGUGACCCAGUAAACUUUGUGGUUGAGUGGGGAUUUGAACCCUUCUCUCCCAGGUUCUAGUCCAGCACUCUAACCACCAUGGCACAUUGACUCUUGAAAUUACUUCACAAGGAGAGUUCAAAUUCUUCACUAUAAACAACUCCAUAUUCUGAGAAUGACUUUGUUUAAAAUGGGCAUUUUAAAAGCUGUUUUUGGGCUACGUCCCAAUCAUCCCUGACCACUAGUCCUGCUGGCUAGGGAUGAUGGAAGUUGUUGUCUAAAAACAGCUGGAGACCCAAAUUUGAGAAACUCUGAUUUAUGCCCUCUCUACUGACAACGGUCAUCAACCUGAGUGGCCAAAGUAGUUUUGGUUCCAUAUCCGGGCCUCAAAUCAGAUUGAAAUGGGUUUAGAUAAUCCACUUCUUCCAAGCAUGUUUGCAGGUGGGCUGUGAGUACUAAAGUAAGGUGUAUGCUCUCUUUCAAGUGUGCAGAGAAGUUUCUAAUGCCAUUUAUCUUUAUGUAAGUGGUGAGACGCUGUUGCUUAUUCUGUUGUAGCUGAACAGAAUAUGGCCUGUAAGCACUUAUCAUUGUGAAUGUGACUUGGUUUUCUGACAGUCUGUAGAGGUGCAAUCCUUAGGGCUAGAGCUGUUUAUUUAAAAGAGAGCUUAGUUUUGACUGCAAAUAUUACCAAACCACAAUUUUGAAAAAAAGCUAUUCUAGCUUGAAAUUGCUGUGGUUCAUGUAUCUUAGUAACUUCCCUCACGCAGCAGCUGCAUUCUGCAUUUUGUGGUAAAGGCACAUAUCCAUCAAUAGCUCCUUUCUCUUGGCACAAGGCUGUAGGAAGUUGUCAAUAGCUUAUUCAGCACUUGUUCCCUUGCUUGUGAAAAGAGAUUCUGUAACACUUAAGUAGUUCUCGAGACAAACAACUUGAUUGCAUUUUUAGCUAAAUAUUAUGUGCUUGUAUACAAGACUGUUGUUAAUGUAUCUGCUUUACACUUCCAUUUAAUCAGUUGGACUUAAAGGGAUAUAAUACUGGGUAGGUUGUUCUUCCUAUUGAAUAGGUAUCAUUCUUCUGGAUUUUUAUUUAUUUAUUUAUUUUGCAUUGUAGUCCCGUCCAUCCCCCCUUCUUUUGAAAAUGAUGACCCAGUUACCCUGAUAAACUAGGUCUUUGUGUCUGAUAUUUGUAUGAUAUUAUAAAAAUGAAUCAAUAUAUGUUUAUUCAGCCCACUUAAAAAACAACCCUAUUCACAGUGAGUUGUGAAUUUUUAGAAACUAAAUUAAAUAAUCAGCAUCAUUGUUCUUAGUCUUCCACUCAGAGGUAAUAUUUACUAUUGAAAAUCAGUCCAAAGAAUUUCCUAACACCUCAAGUUGUACUCAUUAAUUUGUAGGGCGUUUAACAUAUAUUUUCUUGUCAGUGCAAGUUGUUUUGACAGCUACUUUGACAAGUGCUUGGAUAAAUGUUAUGGCUUUACAAAAACGUGGCUUCCGAGACUGUGGACCCACCAACCUGACUAUCUUCUGCUGUUACUUGCUCUAGGCGCUGCAAAAAAAAUAUCCUGAAAGUGCUUGUAGAGGAGUUUGGCCUUGGAGAGCUACUAACACCCCUGCUCCCCAAAAAAAUUCAAAUCUGAAACAACACCUUACAUCAAGAAACUACCUGUGGUCCAGACGAGCAUAACAAAAAUUCUGAAAACACACUAGCUGGUGAGAUGCUUUUUAUACAUUUAUUCUGACAAAAUGAUUGAUAGAGUGCAGCAUUCAGUUCUUCCCCUGGUAUGGAAUUUCUGUGUACCAUCUCUUUGCUUGCUUCAGCUAUCUUAAUUUUUCAUCCUAAUAUGGUAUGGGUUUAUUUACCUUGGAAGGACUUUCAAAAUAUGUGGAGAAUCUUGGCUGAUUAAACUGCAUUCAGCUCAUAGGACCAGUUAAAGGUGAAGGCUGCAAGGAACAGGACUGGUUUUGUGCAAUUACUUUUCUGCUCCUCCUCCCAGACUUUAGUACUUAUAUGGGGGGAGCAGAGUUCAUCAUUCCCUUGAAGUAGUGGUUUUCACGUUGGGGUUUCCUGAAGCUUACUAAUUUUCCCCAAGAACAGAAAGGUACUGCAAAAGUUGAUUCUCGUUGCCUUAAAGUUUAUUACAACCAAAGGCUUCAAGCUGGCUUUAUAGUUCUCUGAAAUACAGUGGUACCUCUGGUUACAAACUUAAUUCAUUCCAGAGGUCUGUUCUUAACCUGAAACCGUUCUUAACCUGAGGUACCACUUUAGCUAAUGGGGUCUCCCACUGCCACUAUGCCACCAGCGCUAUUUCAGUUCUCAUCCUUAGGUAAAGUUCUUAACCUGAGGUACUACUUCCAGGUUAGCGGAGUCUGUAACCCGAAGUGUUUGUAACCCAAGGUGUUUGUAACCCGAGGUACCACUGUAGGGAAAUAGGCAGUAAAAGCAACUGCUCCAUGCAUUUGUGUAUCGUUUCUGCUUUGUCUUGAGGAAGAGGAAAACAUGAAUGGGAACCUGUCUACCUGUGUGCUUUCAUGGCUUCUAAUGCUCAACUCAUCCUUCAUCGUGGAGUCAUUCACUCUGGUGGAACCUAACUGGGAGCUCUUGGUGGUAGAAGAGUUUCAAACAGCUGUUCAGUUCAUUCAGCUACGUAUUGGUCCACUGACUGACUUGGUCUACCAACAACAUACAGAGAGGAAGCACUUGUAUCAAAGCCAAUUUUGUAACAUUUUGGCUUGCAGCCUGACACAUUUAUUUGACUGGCACUAGGAACAAUUGGAGUGACCCACAGUAACACAGUUCAUCAAAGUUAAAUGCAGGCUAUUUUAAAAGGCUGUUGCCAACUUAGCACUUAGAAAAUGAAUAAUUGAAUAAAUAAGUUUCACUCUUCUGAAUGGAGCUCUUUCAAAAGAAGCGUCAUCAAUUAAAAAUAUCCUUUGAAUAGCGAAAGGCAGCUUUGUGCUUAGCUGUUCUUAAAACUGUGGGGUGUUUAUCAUUCAGGCAGUAGGUAAUCAGAACUAGAUUUCUUAUACUGAGAAAUGCAAGUAAUAUUAGACACUUCUCUUGAUCAAAAGAAUAAGCAGCAGCUUUGGAAGUGUGCUGAAGCCCUUCAUCAUCUUUCCCCCGUGUUCUUUAGUUUUUACCCUGCCAGCCGUCUUUAGAAGUUUGCAUUGAGAUUUUGUUGGUUUCUGCUAAACACUCUUGAACAAGGCACAAGAAAAGGUGUGAACCAUCAGCAGAUUGGUGGAGCUAUUUUAAUAACUGCAUCACUGGAAGGGCAUAGCAGAAACAAUGUCCACAAUACAUGAUUACACUAAGUAAAUUUCCUCUGGCACCAGGAAGCUGGAGUAAUGUUACCUUGGAUUCUCUUUUUAAUUGUACUGAUAUCUAAAUAGAGCCUAAAAUAAAAUAAGAAUGGAAUGAUUUUGUCAAACUUGGUAGAAAAUGGAAAGUACGUUUUCCUUAUGAAAAAUUAAAAUUAUUUAAUAUCCAACACAAUUUGCAUCUCAACUCAGAAAUUUAUUCCAUUGAUUUCAGUGAACUAAACUCUUUAGUCAAUGUACUUAAGAUGGUGCUUUAGGCUGCUAUGAGAGUAGAAAAUUUAAUGGCAGCUCAAUGUGAGACAGAGCCUUUUCUGUAGCAGCACCCAUGUUGUGGAAUUCCCUGCUAGGAAGUGGUGAGACAAGCCAUGUCCAUGAUUGUAUUUAGGGAGGCAGUGAAUAUAUACUUAUUCUCUUUGGUUUUUAAUACAUGGUUGAAGAUUUAGCUUUAUUUUUUGUUGAUUAAGUAGCAAAAAUUAAAACUAAAUCUCAGUGCUAGUCAACACAUUUCGGAAGUUAGGUUUUGUUUUUCUAGCUAUAUUGGUUUGCAGGGCUGAAAAACAAUAUAAAUAUGUGUGUGUGUGUGUGUGUGUGUGUGUGUAUGGGGAAUAGUAGGAGAUACAGGAUGGAACACUUGUCUUGGACACCCUUCUUCUUUGCAGUACAUUGGUGUGUUGCUUCUCCUUCCCCUAAAAUGUGGGUGGAAUGAAGGUACUAAUAGGAAAUAUUUGAAAUACUACCAUUGCAAUAUGUUCAAGGAAAAUGGAAGGUUCUCUUUAAAGUUGUCAAGGUGAUGUUUGUCCUACUUUAUUUCUCCUCACUGAAGCAAGUUUAACUGUUGCAGAUUGUAUGAAUAAUUGAACAAGGAUACCUCACUCAUUACCCAAAGUAAUAUUCUGCUCACUUGCUGCUCAGAGCUGUGCUUCACUCUUUAUUAUGGCACAGAGCUUCUUAGAUGUUUGUGAUGUUUCAUUCCCCAGUGUGAGUGCUGGCUUUUGCUUCAAUUCCCUCCAUGAUUUAAAUAAAACCUAACAUUAGAAAUCAACAUUAGUAUUGAAACAAACAUCUGCCUGCCCCCCUUUCCUCCCUCCUCCAAAAAAAAAAAAAAAAAUCACAGACCUAGAAGAGAUGUUUCCUCACAAGUCUGGAUUUGCUGUCUUUACGGAUAUUAAACAUGAGGGGUUUGCCACAUAGUAUUUUGUAAGGGGAGACUCCAAAAGAAAUGAAAACAGAGCUCUGUGUAUCUGUUUUGCUGUUUCUAGCGGAAGACAUUUAAUUUGCCUUCUAAAGCCAACCUCGAAAAUGAUGCAAUUCAGCUGAAGUAGAUUUAUGGUGCCUUUUCCUCUGGAAAUCAAUACAGCUUGGAGGGGCUGUCAUGGGAACUGGCUGACUGAGAUGCAGCUGUGUUCAAAUAUAAACUUCUGUACCGCAAACCCAAAGUAAUGACUCUUGGUUUUUGUUUUUUAGUCAGCACUUUAGCUCUGAGACAUUAUGGGGUAAGCUUUAAUUGACUGCUUUGUUUCCAUUAGGAAGUUAUUGAAACUUUGCUAUAGCAAAUUCAGCAAGUUGAUGUGAUGUUCUAAAAGCCAUUGCUAUUCUUACUUGCCCUUGUGUAUUUUGUGGUUUGUAAGGACCUGGAAAUGUGUUGUGGGGCAAGGCAGCAUUUGUAUACUGCAAGAGAUGGAACCACUUCUCUCUCUAGUUUUAUAAGCUUUGUAGUUGCUUGGCCUGUAAACAAGGGCUCAGAUAAAGCAAUUUCUUCUUACUGAUUGUAGGGAUCAGCCUUCUUCAUACUGAGUACAUCAGCGACAUGUUUGCUGAUGUCAUCAGCAAGUUCUAUUUUAUGCUGCUGGAAACUGGAUUUUUCAAAUCAUAUUUGUCGCAAUACCUCGAUCUUUCAAUUUUUAAAAUAUAAUUGAUAGUACCAUUGCCUUCAGAAGCUCAGGGUGAUGGUGAUGAUUUGGGAGAGGGAAUUCUCUCCCCUGAGUUGCACUUGGCACCUUCAUCAUAUGCUGAAGAAAUACCUUUUUACUCUGACCUCUGACACUUGGAAUGAGUCCUUUUAGGGCUUGUCCUAUUUUUCUGACCAUAAUUUGUUUGAAACUAUUUUUCUUUUGUUUUAAAUUGAUGUGACCCACCCUGGGACCUUAGGGUAAAGAGCAUAUAAUAAAUCAAAUAUAUUGUUAUGGUUGCUAUUAUUAACAGCAACAAUGGUGAUGUUUACACCACAGAUAAGAUACAAAUUCCAUCUAGACUUAAAGGGAUACCCAGCAGCAACCACCUUCUCUCCUCAUUUGACAGAUGCUCCAAAGCCAGUCAUAGAAAGAGCCAUCCAAGAAAUGUCGUCUUAAGACAGGUUUAGUCAGCUAUUGUUGGACUACAACUCCCAUCAGCUCCAGCCAGUAUGGGUUUGCUGGUAUUUGGAGUUCAGCAACAUCUGGAGAGCACCAUGUUAGCUAUCCCUGAGAAAACUGAAGAGCUGGAACAGAAUUUGUACAGGCCUGGGAAAGCAUCCAUGACAUAAGAGAGUGCAUCAGCUUUAGUAUACCAAAAAGUACAAUAAUAACCUGAAGCAAAUCUUCUUUUGAAAACAGUGUUUCUCAGAACUUGGCAAGCCUGCUUUUUCCCUAUUUGAAUGGAAUAUAGAAGUAUACCAUGUCAUGGACUGCUGUUAAAAUCAAUAUUCUGUUUUGAUUUAAAACUUGUAAAAUGUUGGGUUGUAGCCGAAGGUUCUGUUCCUCUCAAAAGAAGGAGUUGUCCUCCCAUGGAAGAAUGGGCUCUUUGGAUCCAGCCCAUUAAAAGCUGGAUUUGGGUACAUAAUAAACAGGGAAUUGGCCACAUCAAGUCAUAAUAUUGUAUUUGGAACAACAAGCUGGAUAUAAUUGCUUCAGAAUCAGAUCUCAUAAUUUAAAAGCUUAAAAUCUGAUUUAAACAUAUGGUAUUAAAGGAGAAAAAAAACUUUAUAAAAAUGAAAUCUGAAUUCAGUACCAACCACCAUCUACAUUUAGGGUGUGGUAUUCUGUUGCUUUCUCACUCUUCUUAUAAAGAAAAACAACAAUGCAGUUUUAAAGUAGAGAAAUGCCCAGCAGUUUGCUGGUUUUGGGGAGGAAACAGCAUCAUGGGCAAUUUUAUGUAAUGCUGAAAGAUUUGCAGAAUUUUUUCUGAUGUGAAAAUAACAAGCUUAGUAUUUGUGACCUAGAUUACUAUUUCUUUGUUGCAGUUAUGAGCGAAUGUACUUAUGAGUGGGGUGUUUUUUGUUUGUUUGUUUGUUUGUUUUGUUUUUAAAGCAGCUCAUUGGCAAAUGUAGCCACAGGCUGCAAAGGGUUCAGUCAAGAAAUCAAUGCUCUUUUUCCAUCUGACUGCCUUGAAGACUAUGUAAAUUAAAUGUACUUAACCAUAAAACCUGUCUACAUUGCUAGAGGUACAGUUGGCAGUUACAAACUACCACCAACUCCAUUUUGGGAAAUGGAUCGAUUUAUAUAUUUGAAAACAGUCAUAGCUAGGAUUCCUUGGAAUUUCUCAUAGUGACUUUCUAAUAAAUAUGUAACUUGAACUAAUAAGGUUUUAUUCCUUAUGAAAUAAAUCAGAGGGCCAAUUAUCUUCCCAUUUUGCAUCUUUGUUAGGCUGGCAUUCUAAAGUAUGAGAGCAAAUACCUUAACAUGCAUAUGACCAUAUUUAUCAUAAAUUUAAAUAGCAAGAAAAAUGCUCCAGGUUUCAGCUACUUAGAUUUCCAGAUGAUUGAGGACUUGACUGAAAGGCACAUAAGGGCUGCUUUCCAGAAUUGUAUGGAGUGCAUUUCAGUAAUGAUGGUGAUGUUAUUAUUAUGUGCAUGAGUUUGAAAAGAACUAAAUAGGUUGCAUUGUUUAAAUGGGCUAAUUAGAUUUAAGGGAAAUAGGAUGAACUGAGAUGUUUACUGCUUAUAAUAAAAUACUUAAACCAGUACAUUUUGUUUGCUCAGUCCCAGUUUGUAUUCAGGUAGCUCCAGAUUGCUAGCCUGCUGCAUGUUCCUCCAAAUAGUUUCAGACAAUUCACAUAUCUAAAGGUACCAUGCUGUGACUGUACUGAUUUGCAAGAAUGGAUGGAGCAUAUUUUAAACUAUUGCAGGUAGCAGGAUAUGACUAUCCUCCAUAUUGCCCAGGAACUUGUAUGAUAGUCUGGAGCAAUUGCCACUGUGCGGUGAAAUUCAGCAUGCAUAUGAGCGUAACAUUGCCCCAAAAGUCUUUCAUAGUCCAACACACUUUCAAAAAGGGAAACUUGUUAAACAUGAAGAAAAAAGGUAAAAUGAAGUAGAAUUAAGGGUUUGGGUAUGGAGAGAUUAACUCAGUCGGUGGACUGCAGCUGAGAAAUAAAUCUGACACAUGCCUAUUACUGGUAGCCACAGCUACUAUGGCAGGGGAGGCUGGUUUUGUUCCAUUGGCAUAAUCCCAGAGAGACCCAAAGGGAACCCUUGUCUGUGUAGCUCUACCAGGUUGUGUUUCUUUGUAGUGUGUGGCAAAAGAGACAAAGCAUGCAACUCUUUUCCUUUUAUAGACAAAAGAUCCUACCAAGUGAAUUCCAUGGCCUUCUAACAAGUAUAUUCUAACAGUAUAUAUGAGUGUCUUAUGAGAAAGGAAGGAGAUUAUUUGAAAAUGGCAUUCUGUUCCCUUACGUUCACUACAGGCUUAUGGGAGUGCUGCUCUUGCUUCUACUUCCUGGAAGCUUUCACCCCUCUAUUUAUUGUGAUGUAGGUGUGUCAGAACCAAGAGCUCAUUCUGCACUAGGAAUACUCAUCCUAGCUUGACUUCCUAUGGCAAAGCAAUCCAAAGAUUUGCCUGAGGUAGAAAUUGCAAAAGUUGCUGAAGAGAGCACUAACAAGAUUCCAAAAUGCCCUUGUGGCAUAUGUUUAGAUAUCUUAGAAAGGGGUGCAGGAUGCUAUUUAACAUAAGGGAUAAAAUUCAGAAGUAGUACUCCUCUCUUAAUGCAAAGUAGCAUUCUGAAAUCCAGAAGAGCUUAAUGGUUACUGUUCUAGUUGUGCAACACCGAUAUUCUAAAUAAAGCAGGGGAGGCUGGUUCCUUGGGUAACUGGGGUACAGUACUUACUGAGGAUGACCAACCUCUGUCAUUUUCAGUCAAUCUGCAGUCUUCCAAGCAAUUGUGGGUGGCCCUGCAUGUCAUUGUCUCUGGCUCCACCUGCUCCUCUCCUCCCUGCCUUCCACCCUAGCAGUCCCAAUGAACAGCCACCAGCACAGCACAUAAUAUAACUUCAGCAGUUAAUCCCACUUGUUUAUUUUUUGUUUGCAAGCAAGCCCUUAAUAUCUCGUCCACGUUUCUUAUGCAGCUUCCUGCUUGCCUGAGAGAUAGAAGGGGACUGCAAAUGCUCUUCUCAGUUUUUUUUAGGAAGUGAAACUCUCUUAGACUGCAAUCCUAUGGAUGUUUAGUUGGGAGUCAGCUUUGCUGAACUUAUUGGCUCUUACCUCUGAGUAAAUCUUUGUAGGAACAGUCUGGGAAUCUUAAAUUCUGGAAGAGUAAUUGUAUUAAUCUGUGCUAGAAAAAGCAACAAAAGCUUGCAGCACCUUAGUUUUAAGAUAUUACAAGCCAUUUUUUAGUCUAGAAAAAUACAAUAAGAGUUUUCAUUAAUUUAUAGAAUGGGGAAUAAAUUUAUGAAUGGAAACUAGAUAUGUUGGCUGUGUUUUCAUUACUGGCAUUUUCUCAAGGCAAUCAAGAUGCACAUUUUUGCUCUCCUUUCAUUUUAAACUUGUUAAAGUUUUCUGCAAAAUGUGAACGUGGGCAGUGAGACAUUCCAUCUUUUUACAUUCCAAUUAAAUUCCUAGGCAUGCUCAGUUUGGGAGAUUUGUUUAUUGAAAUUGAAUGUUUGAGCAGCAUGUCAGCCUUGCAUGUUAAAUUUUCUUCUUCUUCACCAGUUCAGUAAAAUAAUUUGCAGAUAUGUCAAUAACACUUUUUAUCAACUAAUUUGGAUUAAUGUUGGAAAAGCUUUAAUUAUGUUGGUUAUUGCACAGGAAUUGCAAGCUUAAUUUUGCUACCAUGGUAUGUCUGAUGCAACAGAAAGAUAAAAGUCAUAAUCCAAUACAGAAGGAAAGUACCUCAUAACUUGCAUUAUUAAUAAUAAGAAAUCAGGAAAAAAAAUAUGCAGUACAGUCCCACAGAUGUCUUUUGACAAGUAUACUCAUUUGAGUUCAGUGGAAUUUACUCCCACAGUAAGUGUCCAUAGGUGUUAAACUUGACAUGAAUUUCAGGUUGACAUGAAUUUAGCACACAUAACAUCUGGAUGUUAAAUUCAUGGCUACUUAUUAAAUAAAUCUGGGCCAUUAUGCUAAAACUUCAGAGUGGGAUAAAGGGUCUUUCCUCAAUUCAUAUAAUGUGCAAAGACGGAUGUACAUGUUGAUGGCAAGAUACUAGAGUGUGACAAAUAGUGGCUUGUCAGUGAAUGACCUGUAAUUUAACUUCACUCAAUUUAUUGCCAUAUUCAAGAAAUUCAGUAAUGUUUUUGUGUAAAAACAAAAGUCCACAAAGGCCUGUUUUCACCCUAAUAAUUACUGGUGGUUUCCACUGAUUAUGUAUACAAAAAGAUUUGUUGGGAAGGGCUUGAUCAUGUUUCAUUUACAGAAGGAAGGACAAGCCUAAAUAGCAUAGAUUUUGUGAAUCUCCAGAUGAAGCAUCUUCAUAAUAUGAGAAUCAUUAGAGAAUGUGGGUGUCAAAUAAAAUACAGUUAUGGACCUAACAAGUUCAAUCUGGUUUUUGUUCUUUUUUUAAGUGUGCUUAAGUACUACUGGAGUAAAUUGGGACAGAUACGGUUGAUGUCUAUGUUUCAUUCAGUGAGUUUAAGCACAUGCAUUUUUAGCAAAGUUUAAAAAUACUUCGCAACAUAUAAUAUAUAGCUGCAUAAACAGUUUAAAGUUUUUAUUCCUGGGUUGAAUUAGUGUAUUCAUUAUUCAGAUGGUAAUUUUUACUACCGACCAGAUUGGGUCAAGAGAAGGAAAGAAAAUGAGAACUGGGAGGCUAGCUUCAAGCCCUGCCUCUAGCACUGAUUUGUUUUGCUGGCUUUCCCUUAAUUGUAGGUUGUUGAAAUAAGCAUUAUUACUUUGCCCUGUUUUAGCUAUUUGACCACCCUAAAUCAGGAUUCCAUAAAUUUUAUCUUGGCUAGUCAUUAUUUGUGCUUGCCAUCAUAGCCACUGCCCACUUUACUCUAUAGGUUGCUUGGCGUAUGCAAUUACUGUAGAGGAUGGGGCAGAUAAUUCAUGUCAUUUCACAUUGUUGUAAUGGGGUGUGACUUGUCUUGUCAUGCUCCCCAAAUCAAGUAACCUAAACCCCAGCCACAUACCUGCCUUCCAGGCUAACUACCCCACUCCUUUCUCACUACAUGACACCACCUGAAUGGAAGCGGGAACAAGCCUGGUGUGGAGGAACAGGAGGAGCAGUGGCCUAGAUCCACUGCCAACUUUCCUAGUUCUCCUGACUGCUGAGACUUGAUAUUGUUGCACAUCUUACACUUGUUCCUCUCAAUAUGCCAUCAAGAAAAUGAUUAGUGGGCAUCCUCUGCCGAUCCUAAUAUCCUGUACGUACCUGCUGCACACAAAAGAAGGUUCUUUGCAUACAAAAAACUUGGAAGAGGACAGAGCUGGUCUGUUGUGCCCAACACAUAAUGCUUCUUUCUUCCAGAGGUCCCUGCCAAGUGCAGAUAAUGCAUGGAAAGGAAUCUUUGUACUGGGCAGGGAUGCUCACUGAUAGAGAAGAACAUUUGCUUCUGGGGAACUAGUGAGGGUAUGUAGACCCCUGAAUUGUUUUUGGAAACACAGAUAUAGAGUCACAAUUCAGCAAAAUACUCAAGCAUAUUCUUUACAAGUUUCAGCAGCUCCACUAUAACUUUGCUUUGAGAAGCUAUGUGCCAAACGUUUAUAUGCAUCCUCAUUACACUAGCACAAUAAACCAGAAUUGGAAUUACUCAUCCUUCUCUACUGCCAGUCUGUGAUAUGUCAAGGAAAAUGAUCGUAUUUCAUGCAAAUGCAACAAUUUUGCAUAUAAAAAGUGAAACACUAUAUUGUAGCAUAACCUAUGAAGGAAACUGGCUUUGAAAUUGAUGAAUGCUGCUUCGUGGUUUCAGAUCUCAUGAGGGAGUAUUGAAAUAAGCUGAAUGUGUGAAUUUGAUUUUUUGCAAUUAAAGAAAUAGCACAUGUACACACACACUCAUACACAUACAAUUAGACAUUCCUAGAAUACCUGCCUUGGGGGGGGGGUGUUUUAUUUUCUUGAUCAUGUGCCGUUUUUCAUAGUACUGUGCUAGCAAACUGCUAUAAUUAGAUUAACAGCCUGCUAAACAGCAGUGACAGUAUCCAAGUCUCAGAGAGCAUGUGCUAGAUUCUGCAUGCGCCUUUCUCCGAUUGGCUGCUGGCGUUUGCUGCUUGCCAAUUUGAUAGGUUUCCACAGUAAUCUUUAUGCUGCAUUAGAGACAUAGAUACAGAGGUACAGUGUUCAUGCAACGGUGGAGGAAGUCUGCCUCUUCUGUGUAGAAUAAAAGAAAAGCCUACAGACGAUAGAGGCAUUGCUCUUUGUUAUAAACCCAUCAGCAUUUAACAACUGCUGGCUGCAAGCAGAGGUCAGUGAAGGAGUUUCAGUUAAUGGUAAUUACUUUCAGGUCUUUAUCUCCCCCCCAUAAAACACAUCCAUGCAUGAAAUGAAUACAGUUAAUCAUGUCAUCUGUUUAAUUUGAUCUUGCUUUCAUUAAUAUUGUGUGUACUCCAGCGAGAUGGUCAUCACAUUAUAAAACACAUCAUUAUACUAAGAAUUUAGCAGAGAAGUAUAAUGUGUACUGCAUGAAGAAAUAGCUCUCAUAUGAAAUCUGGAGCGUGGCAUGUACCUUUUUUGUUAUUCUAAGAGCAGUGUUGGUGGUUAUUUGAAGGGGGGUGGCUGAACAUUUGAAUUAGAGCAUAUAUGAUUUUGCCUUUCAUGGAGACGGAGAUAUUUCUAAGCAACGAGCAGAUAACAGGGAAUAAUGUCAGGAUGUAUGCUUUAAUGUGAUCGGUGCAAUAACUGCCUGCCGAUUUAUGCAUAGGGAAAGGAAUUCGGAUUAAUAUGCUCCAUUGUCUGUCUGUCACCUUACGUUGUUUGGGUGAAUUCUUUGUUUGAUCCUUUGAAUUUUUAAAGCAGCCUUUCAAAAACAGCCACUAUAGUGCAGUGAAUCCAUCUCUGCACACUCAUUGUUCCCAAAGGCCAAACAGUGAGAUCAAGCGUGUGUGUGUGUGUGUGUGUGUGUUUAGGGACCUUGCCCUGAAUGUAGUGAAAGAGGUAUAUAUUGCUGCAGUGAUAUAUCUGACAAGCUUGGGUGGGUUUUUUGGUUUUUGUUUUUUUGGUGGGGCGGGGGGGGGGGGCUGUUCAGGAAAAAAACAUUUCCGAAAUUUGAUUCAUCUUGUAUUGUCCUGUUUUUUCAUUUGGGAUUUGUGUGGUGACCGAUCCAAACUUAUUCAAAACUAUGCUGAUUGCGAGGGUUUAUUAAAAGAGCAGCCAAAGAGAGCUCUUUCUCCAUGUAGUCUCAGAGUGCGCUGUGACUUACUGUGUUCAAAUCCCAUUCAAAUGCAUGGGACCUUGCACAUGAUGACGAUGGUUUCAGUGGGUUUCUGCAGGAGAGGUUCUUUGAGGAUGUUCCCUUGGUUUGUUUUGACUGCUGAUAGCCCAUAAAUGUGCAUUAGGUCACCAGUUGUCCAGCUGGCACUUCGCCACCAUGCGUCUGGGUAACAGGAGAUUUGCCUCAAGUGAGCACAAGCUAUGGACUUUCACUACUUUGCUUUCACUUCUUAUCUCUCCCACUAAUCUCUGGCUCCCUCCCUCCCCCCCUCUCAGUGAAGUUUUGCACUGCAUUGCAAAGCAAAACUAGGUGAGUCAUAGCUGUCGGUCUUUUGCCCAUAAAAGCAGGGUUUUUUUGUCAUUUGUUGUCAGCUUUGUGCAUUUUACAUUUGAACACAGAGAGGAUGGAAAGAAACACAAGAAAGUAGUCGUUCAUCAAAUAUUUUACUGAGUUUAACCUUCAGCCUAGAUUGCUUUAAUAUGGUGCAUAAUGUUGAUAGUUUGUUUUGUUCUAUUUGUAGAACAAGAGUUAAACUAGUGGUUAUGACUGACACCCCAAAUUUGGUUCAUCACACUUUUGAAUCUGAGCCCAGCUAUGAACUGGUUGGUGGCUUUUGGCAACCCUCUCAACCUCAACCUUCCUCUCCCAGCUUUAAAAUAUUAAUAAUACUCAUCAUAUUACAGGAUUAAAUUGAUAAUAUAUGCAAAGAACUUUGAACAUGAAUGUGGGGGUGGAACUGUAGAUUUUUUUUUUAUUUAAUUUACUUGUUUAUUGCCUUAAAGAAACUUCAGUACCAGUGUUUUCUGAACUCUGUAUUCCCAGAAAUUAUAGAAUAGCCCUUUUGCAUAGCAACAGUUAAGUCUAGGACAAUAAUGAAUAGAGAGAGUGGGUGCACACAUACAACCUGUGUGUUACUGUCUGCUAGCCCCUCUCUGUGCUAUAUUGCCAAUUAUAAUUGUCCUGUGUUUUCUUUUUCAAAAGAGACCUACUGCCUCCUGUAAUUAUCUAUGUGGGUGGAAAAUAAAAUGUUGCAGUCUUUUUAUGGCAUGGCACGAUGCUGCCAGUGCCUUGCAGAUGUUGACAGCAGCUCAUGUGACAGUUCUAGACAGUUUUAAUUCAAAAUGAGAAGUACCUGUCUUUUCUGUGCCAGCAACUACCGGUAUAUAGGACAAGCUCCAGUUUUCUGAAAACAUGGAUGUAACUCCUUAAUUUGUGGCAGGUUUUAUAUACAUCUCUUAAUAACCAUUUCAUGCAUGUGGUAUCUUCCAUACUGAAAGCUGUUUCUGACACAGUAACCCUGUCAGCCUUUCCCAACCUGGUGCCCUCCAGAAGAUAUUAUUGGACUACACUUCCCAUCGGUUUCAGACAGUAUGGGAAAUGGUCAUAAAAUGAUGGGCGGUGUAAUCCAACAAUAUCUGGAAGACAUCAGGUUGGAGAAAACUGAUCUAGUCCCUUAUCAGUACUGUGCUAGCAAGAUGACAUGAAAGCUUGGUGGUUUCUAACAAUGUUAAAGAAUGGAAUGAAGAAGGUGUUCCUACAAUACACCCUCAUUUUGUUGUGAUAAUAGAAUUGUAGUGUUUGAAGGUACCCUGAGGGUCGUCUAGUCCAACCCCUGCUAUGCAUUGUUCUCAACUAAAUCUUACAGGACAGAUGGCCAUCCAACCUGUGCUUAAAAACCUACAAGGAGAGUCCACCACCCUCCUGGAGAAUCCAUUCCAUUGUCGAACAGCUCUUACUUGUCAGAAAGUUCUUCCUGGUGUUUAUCUGACAAAUACAUGCUUCUGAGUUUUUCUGACCAUCUUCCAAACAUUUGUGCCUGAUUUGUUUCCUAACAGCUUCCCUUCCCCAUAAUUUAUUUAUUUUUAAUGCAAGUGAGGAAAAGCAAUGUCAAAGGCAGUCUAGUAAUGCAUAUGGUAUCUGUCCUGCUUUUCAUGUUAAGAGACCUUGUAAACAUAAGAACGAAUGUGAUAUUGCAUCACAUUAAGAUAUUGCUGAGAAAUAAGAUGGUUUAUGUUUUGUUUUGCAAAGGUGUAUUGGACUCCUAACUCCCAUCAGCCACAGCCAUAGAGCCAAUGGUCAGAGACAGUGGGAGCUAUAAUCUAACAGCAUCCAGAGGGUACCAGGUUGGAGAAUGCUAUAAAAUUUCCUGGGAGAGGGCUAAGAGAAAGAGGGAUACCAGAUUUGUUUGUUUUUUCUUAUCAUGCUGGGUCACCUUCCAUUUUUUCCAAGAAGCUCCCUGUGUGUGACAGUAGUACUUUUCCAAGGGUGGAAACAGUUGUUGAGAAGAGCACUACUGCCACCAGUUUGCAUUCAUUGUAGAUCCCACGGGAUGCUUUCUUCCAGUGGAUUGUGCCAACAAUCUGCCCUCAGAUGUUUGGGACCACUCUUAAGAGACUGCAUGUUUCUAUCUUAACCAGGUUCUUCGGAAACUUCUUUGUGAGAUAACCGAUGAAUAGUUAAAUACCAAACAAAAGAAUACCAGUAAACACCAGUAUGCAUUAGAACAAACAGUUUCAUGAUGAAUGUAGCAGUAUGGUUUUAUAAAAGGAAGAACUCUGGAUUCUGGCCAACCAACACUACCACAAAAAUAAACAACCACAUAACAUAUUAGGAGAAUGUCAGAUAUAGCUGUGUUCAUAGAUUACGUGGACUCUUGGUCCUAGACUCUCUGCUUUAUCACAGUAUUUUAAAAGUUCAGAAAUCAUGGUCACUCUGUGCAUGAGGAUGUUACACACAGUGAAUUAUGUACUGGGGGCUUUUUCUAUAUCCAGCAGUCAGAUAACAUUUCCACCCCCACUCAUGUUCCUCAGUCAUUUGUAUCAAUGUACAAAUAGAACUUCAAUUGCCAGCAAUCUAUAUGGGAUGGCCGCCUUUCCUGGAAUGAAAAAAAGGAACUAUGGUUAUUACAAAUGGAGGACCUCCUGUUGGGCCCAGUAAUAAGAGCCAUUAGGCUGACAAGCAUCAGAGACAGGGCCUUUUCAGUAGUGGCCCCACAUUUUUGGGGAAUCCCUCCCCAAGGGCGUCACUGUUGCUAUUGUCCUGGAGACACCUGGUUUGGUUGUCUUAGGGGAUUUUAACAUCCACGCCGACCUUACAAGGGGCUGCUCGGGACUUUGUGGGAAGCAUAAAGCAUGGCCUCCAUGGGGCUGUCCCUGAAUAAGUCUGGCCCAACUCAUAGCCGCGGACAUGCCUUAGACCUGGUGUUCACCUCUAUGGAUGUUGGUGAUUUGACACUAAGUAAAAGCAAAACUAAAGAAGUGCCAUGGUCAGAUCACUUCCUGGUGCAACUGGACUUCUCCGCAACCCUUCCCCUCUGCAGGGAGGUGGGACCGAUUCGGAUGGUCCGCCCCCACCACUUAAUGGAUCCAAAUGGUUUCCAGAGAGUGGUAGGGGAUGUUUUAUCCCAUGUUGAUGACCUUUCAGCUGAUUCCCGGGUGUCCCACUGGAAUGUGGAGUUAACCAGGGCUACUGACUGUUUGGCUCUGAAAUGCCCUCUCUGAUUGCAUGGAGCCCAGACAGCCCCGUGGUUUUCCUUGGAUCUGAGGGCAAUGAAACAAUCGCUGAGAUGGCUAGAGUGCCGGUGGCGGAUAACUCAUUCUGCAUCUGACUGGACAAGGGUUAGAGCUCAGUGUCGAGCCUACCAAGUGGCGAUAGCAACGGUGAAGAAGACCUUCUUCACCUGUAUUGCAUCUGUGGAAAACAGCAGCAGGAGACUCUUUCAGGUGGUUCACAAUUUAGCGGAACAACCUGCUGCAUCGGGGCCCAGUACAGGCCACAUGAUCUCCUGCAAUGAUUUUGCAAAGUUUUUUGCAGAUAAAGUCGCUCAGAUUCAGGAAGAGGUGGACUCCACCAUGGGAGCAGGGCUGGAGCGGGAGAGUGCUAGAGUCCUGUCUAGUCAAGUUGCGUGGGAUUAAUUCCAAUCUGUUACCUUUGAGGAUGUGGACAGGCUGCUUGGACGAGUGAAACCAACCACCUGUCUCCUUGAUUCUUGCCCAUCCUGGCUUAUAAAAGCUAGCCGGGAAGGGCUUGGCGAUGGGCUUCACGGGGUGGUGAAUGCUUCUCUUUGUGAGGGAGCCUUCCCAGACCCACUGAAAGAGGCGGUUAUCAAACCGCUUCUUAAAAAACCAUCUUUAGAUGCGGCCAGUAUGGCCAACUAUCACCCAGUCUUAAAUCUUCCAUUCUGGGGCAAGGUGAUUGAGCGAGUGGUUGCUGAACAAUUCCAGGCACGCCUGGAAGAAGCAGACCAUUUGGAUCCCUUCCAGUCGGGAUUCAGGCCUCAUCAUGAGACUGAAACUGCCUUGGUCACACUGAUUGAUGAUCUCCAGCGGGCUAGGGACAAAGGUGAGAGCUGUUUCCUAGUUCUGCAGGAUCUCUCAGCGGCGUUUGAUACCAUCGACCAUAACAUCCUUCUGGACGGUCUAGAGGGACUGGGGGCACUGUUAUACAGUGGUUCCGCUCCUUCCUCCUGGGCCGUGUUCAGAAAGGGGGGGAUGAGUGUUCAGACCCCUGGGCUCUCACCUGUGGAGUGCCUCAGGGUUCUGUCCUCUCCCCCAUGCUUUUCAACAUCUACAUGCAGCCACUGGAAGAGAUCAUCAGGGGGUUUGGGCUGGGUGUCCAUCAAUAUGCGGAUGAUAGCCAGCUCUACCUCUCUUUCAAAUCAGAACCAGUGAAGGUCCUGUGUGAGUGUCUGGAGGCAGUUAGAGGAUGGAUGGAGGCUAACAGAUAGAGGUUGAAUCCUGACAAGACAGAAGUACUGUUUUGGGGGGACAGGAGGUGGGUGUGGAGGACUUCCCGGUCCUGAAUGGGGUAACUGUGCCCCUGAAGGACCAGGUGUGCAGCCUGGGAGUCAUUUUGGACUCACAGCUGUCCAUGGAGGCGCAGGUCAAUUCUGUGUCCAGGGCAGCUGUUUACCAGCUCCAUCUGGUACACAGGCUGAGACCCUAUCUGCCCAUAUACUGCCUCGCCAGAGUGGUGCAUGCUCUGGUUAUCUCUUGCUUGGACUACUGCAAUGCGCUCUAUGUGGGGCUACCUUUGAAGGUGACCCGAAAACUACAACUAAUGCGGCAGCUAGACUGGUGCCUGGGAGUGGCCGCCAAGACCACAUAACACCGGUCUUGAAAGACCUACAUUGGCUCCCAGUACGUUUCUGAGCAGAAUUCAAAGUGUUGGUGCUGACCUUUAAAGCCCUAAACGGCCUAAGUCCAGUAUAUCUGAAGGAGCGUCUCCACCCCUAUCGUUCUACCCAGACACUGAGGUCCAGCGCUGAGGGCCUUCUGGCAGUUCCCUCACUGUGAGAAGCCAAGUUACAGGGAACCAGGCAGAGGGCCUUCUCGGUAGUGGCACCCACCCUGUGGAAUGCCCUCCCACCAGUUGCCAAAGAGAACAAGAACUACCAGACUUUUAGAAGACAUCUGAAGGCAGUCCUGUUUAGGGAAGCUUUCAAUGUUUGAUGCAUUACUGUAUUUUUAUAUUUUGUUAGAACCCGCCCAGAGUGGCUGGGGAAGCCCAGCCAGAUGGGCAGGGUAUAAAUAAUAUAUUAUUAUUAUUAUUAUUAUUAUUAUUAUUAUUAUUUUAUUUAUUUAUUUAUUUAUUUAUUUAUUUAUUUAUUUAUUUAAGUUUGGAAUAUAUAUUUUUUAUUUCCAGGCUGUUUAACUAAUUUUGGAAAUUUUAAUUGCUGCUGGCUUUUAAUUUUAACAUUGUACUUCUUGUAGCUUGGUGUAAAAUAUAUGUUUACAUAUGUUAAAAUGUUUUGGCAAGCCACCUUGGGAGGGCAGUGUGUAUGCUUUAAAUAAGUAAAUACAGCAAGGUGAAACAAUAUUUUGACCAAGAGUUAUAAAUAAGUAUUUUUUUUUCUUUUACCUGGUUAAACAUCAGUUUUCCCAGCUGAUAGAAAUGCACUUCAACUUUAUAAUACACUCUCAUAAAAAAUUCAUAACUCCUACUUUGUCAGAGAAAUCUGAUUUUCCUUGGAUACAUAAAUAUUGCCUUUGACAAGAGAAUGUCCUCCUGACAGGCAGUGAAAAUGUGCUGUAAAACUUUAAUAUUUCAAGGCAGGCAAUCAAACCAGUUGCAAAGAGGCUACAGUAAAAACUUCCACACAUGGCUAGUUUCACUCAAGAAAAAGUUGGAUUUUUAAGGGAAUGCAUGAUAUGAAAUAAUUUGCUCACACUUUGUUUUAGCAGACAAAACAUUCACCCAUAGCUAAAACUGCUUGAUUUCUGCUCUGUUUCACCAAUUGACAAGCCACCUAUUAAGCUAUUAAUCCAGUAGAUAUGAGAAAAUGCGGCAUUCAACUCUUAUUUUCCAACUAUCUUGGUCUGCCUGUUACAGCUCCGUUAAUUUUUGUAGUUGAAAUGGUGCUUGUAUCAUUAUCUCUCAAUAUGAAAAUAUGAUACACUAGCCAACAGUAUUAUUAUCUCAUAAAAGUGCAGGGACAUGUUAUCUUUCAAAGACAUUAAUUUGCAUUUAAAAUGGUUCUGAUAUAUUGUCAUUCUCACUGAAAGCAAAGUUGUUUACACUGUGUCCGCUUGCCAUAAACCCAAGUUCUCUGACAUCAAGGAAUCAAGGAUAUGUCCAUGGUUGGGGUUCUCUCCCCCGCUUCUUUUGGGGAGUGGGGUGGGCUAGUGACAUCUCCAGUGUCUUAACUACCAGCAUCUCUUUUCAAUGUCACCACCUCCUCAGUCCCCUUUCUCUGUGCAUACACACUACUUCAAGCAAUGGAAAAGGGAUGAAAUGACAAUAAAGAGGAAUGGGAUAGACUACAGCUGAUUCUUUCUUUGGCUCCUUUUGGACCUUCUAGCCCUGAUCUUCUUUGAAGCAAGUUCAGUGCUGGUGGGAUUUUAUUUGCUCCACUGGAGAAUGGGAAGUCAUUCCGGAGCCCCUGCAUCAUCCACAGCAGUAGCGGAUUUAGUAGAACAUGACACUCUUUCAUGCUGUUUUCCCCUGCCAGCGCCAGCCUUCUGCUUCAAAUCUGUUUCCUUUUCCUUAGCAUCUCUGAUUGGGACUUUGCCAGUUGGUGAUACUGAACUUGGGUGCAUAGUACAUAGCUACAGAGGCAACAAAUUGCUUGUAAACUCUUCUUUGAAAUCCUGAAGCUUUUGUUUCUGCUUCUUUUCCCUCCCUUUUUAAUAUAGCAGAAAAAUGUUGUAUAGUGGCAUGGUAAUGUGAAAGGUUUAGAAGAUGUGUAAAAAGAAAAGGAGUGAAAGUGGUCUGUUUUCCAAGUGCUAUAGUUUUGAUUAGUGAUGUGAAGUGAAUAUUCUCCACAUCUAUAUUUUUCUGAAGAAAACUUUCCAUUUCUAAACAUUGGUUUACCAACAUUAAUUAGGAACAUAAUGAGGGCAUGGGUAACUUUCUUCUGGGCUUUCAAUGAAUAAGUUUGUUUUGAAGGUAUGUGCUGUAAAGAGAGAUUUCUGUUGGGAAGAGAUGACUGGAGCAGCAUUUUUCAUUGACUGUGGAAGUAGUUUUUCUAUAGCCAGAUUCUAAAAAGGAAGACCUUUAAAGACCUUUAUCUUUCAAAAACAAUGCAAGCUAUUUGGAUUUUUUUCUUUUCUUUUCUUUUUAAUGAAAUAGGUGCCCUGUAAAACACAUUUUCAGAUGUCUUGACAGAAAUGAAACCUUUUCUAUCAGGUGGUUUAAUUAUUCUAUAUUAUCCUAGAGUAAUAAAGGAUUAUUCUAGCAUAAUCCUGACUCUAAUAAGAAAUAUUAUACUUAGUGGAUAACAAGACAUCCAACUUCUGGUGCUGUCUGCACACUGGCAAAGUUUGUGAUGUGAGAUAACUACAUGAAAAAAAUAGGGCGAACAUGUUUUUAACAUCUGAUGUUAUUUGUACCGGUAAUUUUCAUGUGUAUUUUACAUAAACCACCUAGAGUUUUUGAUGCUUAAGCAAUAUAUUAAUUCAGUUAAAUCAACAAUUUAUCAAAUCAAAUAAUCAAAUAAAAAUUAACAUAAAUGUGUUGUUAUUAUCCAUGACGCAUUGUGCCAAGUCAUUUAUAGGGUGAAAUUUCACUGGUCUGCUGAUGGCACACUGCCCCAUUUCUCCUUUUCAUAACAGUGUGCUAUUGUGAUGCCUUCCCUGAAUGAUCUGCCUGAGUUCAAGCAUAGACUAGAUGAUAAUGAAAAAGCUUAAAUUGAACUGAGACAAGAGAAGAUGAGAUGGUAACAGUUUGGUUCAGUUAAAGACGGCAUUCUGUGUGCCUCUUUCUCCUGAUUUCAACAGUAAUGUUUCAUUCAAAAACAAUUUUUUUCAAAAUGCCUCUUUCUCUCAAAAUAAUGUUUGCUAUCUGCAAAUAGCAGUAAUUUCAAACCAAGUGAAAAUCACAAAUGAACUUCUGCUGCCUAUGGCAGUUGCUCUUGCAGAACUGUUACCCACCUGAUUUUAUCGUAGUGAUACAGAAAUUAUAUUUUCUUUCUACAAGUUGCUAGGUUUGCUUCCUUUGCAAAUGUGUGAAAUAAUUGUUCUUUGUUAACAAAUGUGUUACCAUGGAAACCCUCCAGGCUUCUUUACAAAUAUUAUUGCUAUGCAUGUAUACAAAUAAGAUAUUAUAGAUCCAGUGUCUUAAAUAACUGUUAAAUGUUUGACUACAGAAAUAUGUACACAUCAAAGUUCACCAUAAAAACUUUAUGGCUAAAAAGUGUGCUUGAGUAGAUGCAGGAUGGUUCUUUUAGGAUUUUUUUUUGGGGGGGGGUGAAUUUUGGGGGAUCCUCCAUGCUCUUGAAUUUUUGCUGGAGACAACGCCAGCAGAGUCCUACUUGCACCUGCUGCAAAAUAUAUCUUCUAAGGGCAAGUACACUUCCUCCCUGAGUUCCCUGAAAAAAAGCAAGUAUUUUGGGAGGAAAGGGUGAGUAGCAACACAAGCAAUGGUUUUGCCUAAUAAGGCAAGCUGAAAUUUGUUGUUGACAACUUGAUUACACUAGGACAGAGUUGCUCGAAUUGAGCACUAAAGUUUAACAUGAUUAGUAGACCUUGGGCAGGGAGCUCAGUUUGCUGGACUUGCAAAUAAGCAUACUGAUGAUGGUACAAGAAGUAAGGCAGUGGAGCCUGGCAGCAGGGCUGUAGCUAGGGGGUGGUGAGGUGGGCCCCUGCCAGGGGCGCAGGAAAGGGGGGGGGCUAAAAAUAUGUCCAUAAAUAUUUCUAUAAAUAAAAAUACAGUGGUACCUCGGGUUAAGAACUUAAUUUGUUCUGGAAGUCUGUUCUUAACCUGAAACUGUUCUUAACCUGAGGUACCACUUUAGCUAAUGGGGCCUCCCGCUGCCGCUGCACCGCGAUUUCUGUUCUCAUCCUGAAGCAAAGUUCUUAACCCGAGGUACUAUUUCUGAGUUAGCGGAGUCUGUAACCUGAAGCGUAUGUAACCUGAAAUGUCUGUAACCUGAGGUACCACUGUAUUGAUUAUUGCCUCAUAAUAGAAGGUUUUAAAUAGAGGGUGAAUUGAAUGGGGGGGGGUGUUGGAGGAGAGGUGGAAAGAAGAACUAAUUUGUCAGUGGCUAGGGGAUGCAAUCUGAACAAUUCUGCCAGGGGCGCAAGAUCACCUAGUUAUGGCUCUGCCUGGCAGCCAGUAUAUACUGCAACUAACAGGUAACUCACAUAAAGCCAAUAUUGUGUAUUGUCAAGGCAGCCCUGAAACCACCCCCAUGUGUGCAUCCCUAUCUUUCCAAAGCUGGUGCAUUGAGGAGGCAUUUUUGCCAUCGCCCAACCACCACCAAACAAGGUGGGGAGCUUUUAAGCCAUCCAAGUUCUUGCAAGGGCUUGAUAAGCAAGGUGGAGAGUUUAAAAGCUUUUUCCAAGGCGGAAAGAGCUUUUAACCUCUCCUCCUCGUGCAAAUUUGUGUGAUUUGAGCUGGCUGGCCGACAAGCAUGUAAAUCUGAAACCAUGCAAGUUAAAUGUGUGUAAGUUGUGAGUUACCUGUACUUUGCCCUAUACGACUAAACCUCUUCUUAGUAUAUUUCUUUCACAUAGCCAACAAGUUUUUGAGCUGGUGUGCGGGAUGAAUAUAGCAGGGCUUACCAACUUUUGAUGACAGGGAAUUUAAAGGCCAGCUAAUGAGUAAUCAAGUGUAUUAAGAGACAUUGAGCAGGCUUAUCAGAUCAUAAUCUCAGGUUCAUACUCUGUCAUGCUGAUUUCUCCAACUAUUGUCUACUGCCUAACUUAUAGUUGUUUUCUCAAUGCUGUAGGUCAAAUCCUACACAUGUUGCUUAAGUCUUGGACAAAUCUACUUUAAAAAAAAAAUCAAAUCUGAUAAUUCAAGGUUGUUUUCUCAGGGAUUCUGACAUCAUGCUUCUAUUUGCAACAUCAUGUAGCUGCCUGGUAUGAAACCAUCCACUUUUUUCUUUUUUACUUUUUUUGGUUCUCUAUAUUCCAGUUUCAAAAAACAUAUUUUAGGAAUGGACCACUCUGUAGCCUGCUGCAAUAUCCAUAGUGUAAUGGUUCUAGGGGUUGCUCGUGCGUAAACCGGUGCUUAUCUCCCCGGCUGGGUGCAAACACCUGGCUGGGUUGCCAAAGUGAACCUUUUCUGUCCGGACAGCCACUCACCCGUGGCUGACUCAAUCGCUGCCAGAAUCCGUCAGUGGGCGUUUCUUAAACUUCUUCCAGCAAAGAAGCUCUUUGACGCCUAGACUCCUCCUACUCUCUCUGCGUGAAAGCCUUCUGCGCAAGGAGGGCGUGGGCAACGGAGGACCCCUACUCUCCCCGCUGGUCCCAGGCAAGGAGUCAUGGGACCGCCUCGCCGCUUCCCCCAUCUGCCCCCCUUCUCCACUGGUCCUACGCUGAUUCUCUUCCCCAGAAGAUGGGCUGCUUCUCCCGAUCCCUGGACGCUCUCUGGAAUCCCUCUGGCUUUUGCUCUCUCCCUCUGGCACUGAUGGCAGUUCCCUGACACAUAGCAUAUACAAUAAACCUAUUGUUAGAGUAGGCUGAUGUGGAUAUGACUUUGCUACCAAUGGUGAUAAUGGCAAAAUCAGGAUUUGUCCUUAUUUUCAAAGAAACUCUUUUCCAUUAAACUAAUGUUUCAAGAUCUGACAUGACGACUGUAUAUUCCUACAUCACAAGAGAUGUACCUUUUGAAAUAUCCCAACAGUUUUCCACAUUGAGAUGUCAGAAAACUCCAAUCUGUUGUGGGUUUUGAAAAAAUUGAUACACUUGAAUCACAACAGCUGAUGUAUUUUAAGGCCACAGUCAGACAGCAAUUUUGUCCUUUUGUCCUGACAUUUAUGUAGCUGAUAAUUUUCACAUUUUAUGUAACCUUUCACAUAUGAAAGCCACUUGUGGAUAUUUACCAUAAUCAGGUUGGAAGUUUAGGCAUAUCUGCGAUAGCUCAACCAGGAGAGCAUGAGACUCUUAAUCUCAGGGUUGUGGGUUUAAGCCCCACGUUGGGCAAGAUUCCUGCAUUGCAGGAGGUUGUACUAGAUGACCCUUGGGGUCCCUUCCAACUCUACAAUUCUAGGCUUCUAGGCUUCCUUGAUAAUUGCAUCAAGAAAUGAACUCCUUUGCAGCCCUGUUAGAAAACCUGAUUUUUUCUUGUGGUUUUCAUGGAUAAUGUCAUCUCUGCUCACAUGACAAAAUGUGGGGCAGUGCUUUCCCACCAUUUUCAUGGGUGAAUAAUGAGGAAACAGAAGCGCACAUGAACAUAAAGGGUGAUGACAUGUCCAGUGACAUCCAGUGUUGUGCUACACGGUGUCCAUUGGCAUGAAUCAAAUUUAGCAUGACAUGGCAGUAUAUCAAUCAAAAGGCCACAAUUCCAUAAUGCAACAACUAAUACAGUGUAAAAUGAAUAUUAGAAAUCAAGACAGAAGUACUAGCAUAAUGACCAGAAAAACUAGAGCAAUAAUCUCCAUGUCUGAAUGCACCUGGAAUCUGCAUCUGGAAACUUUUACCAGGUCAGUCGUGUUCCUGUUCUCCACGCCAAAUUGGUCAUAUUGUUCAGCAUUCUUAUAAUUUUCCUUAUAUUUCUAAAUAGUAAUAGGUUCCAUGAUCUUUGUUGUCCUUUAAGUACCGGGCAAGAAUCAACAGAUCUCCUAGAAUUUUGGGGGGUGGGGAAGGGGUUUCCAACUACCAAGAUUCAUCAGGUUCUUGAAAUGCUGACAAGUAUUUGUCUAAAGCAAAUCACCACUGAAGAAUCUGCUAGAAGUGUUGCUACACUGUUUAUUUUACCUACAUAAGCUGAUUCUAUUUUAUUAGACUUUCUGAGGAGGGAAUUGUUGCUAUUUCUAUCUUAGUUUUUCAUUUCUUGAAACAAGUGAAGUGUAAAUGAAAGAGUUGUUUUAACCUCUUUUCUUCUCCAGAUGCUAUGUUUACUUAAAAUCUAAUCACUAAAGUGUUUGCAGGUCAUCAGUUUAUUUAACACUGAAGGUUGUAUGCACAGUCAAUAUGUGCAAUAUGCUGUGUUCAAAAUUUUCAAUUAUAUCAUGGAUCUAUUACAUAAGCAACAGGAAUUCAACUUGGUUAGAAGUUUAUGCAUCUUGGCAUUAGUGUACAAACUAAUUUAUUUUUCAUAUUAUAUCAUAUUAUAUACUAAUUGAACUUGUUCUGCAAUAUACUAACUUGAUGUUAAUCCAUAUGAUCAUACUGUUUGUUAUCUGUGUACAAUUUUGGUUUAAGUAUCUGUGAUUUGAAUUAGGUGGCCAGACUGUUUGCAUGUUGAAGGUAUAUAAAACAGCCUACACCUCCCAUUGUAUACACUAAAUUACUUUUGUAAAGCGCAAAAGGGAGCCUUCUAUCUUCUGUUAUCUUGUUCAGCUGGCUAUAUCUCAAGCUGGCUGACCAGCUAUCACUUGCCCAUUCAUGGGCUUUUGAAACUUUUAACUAUUUAUCUACAUUUUCCAAAAAGUUUAUCCGUAUUUUCACUUUCAACUUUUUGCCACCUACAUUUUUUAAGCAUAGCAGUGUUCAGUACAAGACUGCUUGGCAGCAUCAACCCACACAAAUAUAAUUACAUUUGGUGGCAGGAAAAUUUAAGCAGAGUGAGUCAUAGAUAAUAUUUUGGUGAAUAUGGUUGUAGACUCUGCUGUGUAGCCUUAUUUUUUCUUUUUAUUUCCUAUAAAUCUGCUGAAACACAGGUCAUCUGUCUGUAGAUGUGAUUUCUUUUGCAGCCAACCCGCUGCUGACACACACAUGCUCACAUAUAUUUUUUACCUUCUCACAUUAAAACAAAUAUUGUGAUUCUGAAGGCUUAUUAGAAACAAUGCUAUCCCAAACAGAGAUAAAUUAGCCAAAAGAAACUUAUGUAUGAUCAGCAAGAGCUUUUGAGGCCAGAAGUGAAGGAAUUGUUUGGUGGUGGUACUAUGGUAUGCCAUAGGAGGUAUUCUACUGAUACACCCCAAAUUUAACUAUUUCUGUGUGUCUUGUGUUCUGUGUCUCUAUAAUAAGUGGGGAUCGGGCAGAAUAGGGCAAAUUUUGGAAGGAGUCUGUUACUGGCUUGAAAAUGUUUGCCUGUGCAAAGACACCAAAAACAAUGGCGCUUGCAUUGAAUGGUCACAUGAUAUCACUUUGUAGAUUACUCGGGCUAAAACGUUUAAUGCCAUCAUCACACUUAUUACAUGAUGCGUGAGUGAUUAGGAUAAUGUUCUUACUGUUGUAAAAGGAUGCAGUUGCUUAUCAGGUACUUAGCAGCCUUUGAAGAGCAGAGAAAGGUAUUAGCAGACAGGUGGGAGGCAGUUUUGUCCAUUGAAAAUGCUGCCUUUUGUGCAAAAAAAUAUGCAUGUGAAUAUUUGUAUAACCAAUGGCUGACAUAUUAAUUGCUUGAUGUUCCUAUUCAGUUAACUCUGUAGACCCCCUGUAGUGUCCCCAAGAUAGAACCCUGGCCGUCUUAAGCAUGAUGUCUAUGGCAUACAAAAGGAAUAAACAACGCUUGGGAUUUAUAGCAGCUGAUAUUCUAACUUGGUUCUGUGCUCUUCUUCCCUCUGCGCUUCAUAAAAGUUUUAUUCUAAAAGAAUUUGAAGAGCUCUUUAGGCUGGAGUUGCAAGCCUCAUUGCCCCAAGCAUUAGAUAAGGUGGUAUACCUGUGUCUGGGUAUCACUGCAAACUGCCAUGGUAGGCAUGAAUGAAUUACGUAUAGGAAUACAUAAUCAAAUGUCAUUUUUCUAGCCAAGUUUCUCCCAUGCCCCCAACUUACUAAUUUUCCGGGUGGAGGAAUAUUCUUUUCCUUCCCUCAUACAAGUUCACACCUCAAAACUAAAUCAAGGCACUGAUUUAUUACCUCAAACUGCUGGAUUUUUUGGUAGCUUGGCUUGGCUCUUCUGACCUAUUUUGGAAUUCAUAUCUCUCCUUCCAGGAGAACUAAAAAUGUAGUCUAGCAGGACAGUUUGCUGGUAUAUUGAAGCAAUUAUUUCUACAUAAUAAUGCAUAGAUAAUAUGCAACGGUGUUGCUUUCAAAUCUGUGUUGCUUGAUCUUUUAGGUGUAAAUUCCAAGAGAUACAUUGUAUUAUUAGGGAGUCGUUUGAAGGUAGACAUGCUGGCCCAUAAGAAAAAUAGCAAAAUCUGCAUUAGGGGAUUACCUUCAUUAGGUCAACCAAAUUUUAUGCUGAAUAUAGGAUGCAGCUACAGCAGACGUCAGCUGCAUCAAAGGUACAGUCCAGAGAGUGCAUAUCAACCCCACCCCCUUCAUGAUACGCAUGUGUACUGUUGUGUGCUAGUGCUGCGCUGGUGAUGACAAAUGAGAGUUAGAUAGCACCUCAUAAUAUCAGUUUAAACUUUUUCAGAGUUUUCAUAUUUAGCCUGUGGAAUGCUAAUGAUGCUGUGCUUCAAGAGUAAUCACAGAAUAUAACUGGCCUCUUGCCUGAUAACUAUUCAGUCACUUGAAAAAUAUGUUGAUUUAUUUCUACUCUCUUAGAGUAUUUUUUUUUCUUUUUUGGUAGGACUGAAAUUACUGCAACACUGACUUGUAAUUUUCAUCCUAGGUUAUCUGUGCCAAGAACAAAUACUACUUACACUUCUGCAACACAAAAAUAAUGUGCUGCAGAAGAAGAAAUAGAAAUGGUUUAAUUUAAGCACAAGCUGAGCAAGUUCCUUAUUCACUGAACUAACGUUUUGUUGGAAACAAGAUUUUUUCCCCCCAACAAUGUUUUUAAUUUUAAUGUGCUAUAUAAACAGCAACUUGUUUUUGGAAGAGGCUGCAUGAUAGAAUUUGAAGUACUUCAACUGGGUUUAAUUUCCACUGCAUUGAAGCUAGUGACUAAGCUUCCAUUGAAAUUGAACAAAAGAGAUAAAUAGAGUCAAGGAUGUGCACAGAUGAACAUUAGGGGGUGAUAUUUAUUUUUAUUUGUUCUCGUCUUGUUUAUUUAUUUUCUUUGAUUUAUCUCUCUCCUGAUCCAGAUGUUAAUGGAGAAGUAUAGCUGCAGUCACCAGCAUACUGAUGCCACUAUGUUCCAAAACUCCCAAUAACCACUCCCAGUGGCUUCAUAUAUUAUUAUUAUUAUUAUUACUACUAUUAUUAAUAGUAUUUAUUUAUUAAAUUUCUACAGCACCUUCACCCAAGGAUCACAAGGAUUACAAUAUAAAAACACAAAGAUGCAUAACUAAAACAAUAACCACACACACACACAUUGUUUAAAAGGCCAUAGAUUGUUUAAUUAGCCAAAGCCAUAGCAUAUAGAUGUUAAAUAGCAUUGGAAAGAAAAUAGUGCCCCAGGGAACCCCAUAGCACAGGUGCCAGGUAAUCUUAAGAACACUCCCCCAAUGCUACUCUUUGGACUUGAUGAUGUAGGUAGGAAUGGAACCCCUAUAGUAUAGUGCCUCUGAUAUCCACCCUACACAGCCAGUUUAGAAGGAUACCAUUGUCAAUAGUAUCAAAAGCUGCUGAGAUAUCAAGUAGUAGCAACAGGAUUGAACUUCCCAACCCUUUCCCAUUACAGAUGACUGUCCCCCAAAGAUCCUGUGCAGAAGAAAUACAUAGAAAAUUGUUAGAUUCACUCUCAAGUGUGCCUUUCUAUGUACUAACAUAAAGGAGAAUGUUAAAGGUGGUAUUGUGCCUAUUUCUCAGUUUUAAGCAAAAACUCUUAAGGUACAAUAAGUCUUAUCCCCUCCACGGAUUGUGUCAUAGACUGGCUGGAUGCCAAGGAGUGAUGGGAGGCACCAGCUGAGGAACCCCCAAGGGAAUAAGACUCAGGGCCUGAGGAUUGGUGGUGGGAUGAUGAUAAUGAAUGGUCAGAGGGAGAAGACUGGGAGGAGGAGGUGUCGGAAGCUGAAGAGGUAACAGGGUUUAGUGAGCAGAAGAGAGCAGUCCAGAAGCAGAGGCCAAAGAGGAGGGGGAUCAAGAAGCAGGGAUAUGAGUCAAUCUGGUGAUGAAGCCAGGGUGUCUUCCCCUCCUGCUGUGACCAGUUCCCCUCCCAUUCUGGUCUCCUAGAGGAGGUAUGAAGAUGGAGGAGCAAAGACAGGCACGGCGAUGGAGUCUCCGAUUGCUUGGGAAGGGCCCAAGGGAAGACUUAGGACAACUGUAGAGAGGUGGGGUCCUUCAGUCCCCACAACUGCCUCAUAGGAGCAGGAUCUACCAGGAUGAGUUGCUAUGCUCAGUAGGCCUGGCCUCCUGAGCCGAAAUUUCCCCCUUGAAUAAAAAGUUAACUGCACUGACGCUAUGUGAUUGAUUGCUGACCUACUCCUGAAAUCCGCUCCUGAAAGAUUGUUUUCUGCUGCAAGUUUCUUGAAGAUAAAAUAUAUGGAGUGGUUGCAGAAGCACUCUGUCUAACCCUAACUAUUGGAGGGGAUCACUGUUUCCUUUAAGAGGUUUUACAGAUGAGCUGUAUAGGCUGGUGCCUUUACUCCAUUUUCCUCCUCCAAACUUACUACUUUAGAGCAUAGGUAGGAAUUCAGUGGUCCUCCAGAUGUUGCUGGACUACAACUCCCAUCAUCCUUGACCAUUGACCAUGCUGGCUAGGGCUGGUUGUAAUUGGUGCCCAACAACAUCUGGAGAAUCACAGAUUUCCUCUCCAUAUAUCUUCCUUGUUCCUUCCUAAAUACCUUCUGACAUUUAACAGCUAUUUGUUAUUUUUUAAUUAUACCAUUGCCCCUUUUAAAAUAACUUUGAAUUAUUUGUGGUUCAUGCAUAUAUUUUCCACUUGCAUCUAAUAAGUUUUAAUAUUCAAACAUUUUUUCAUUAACUUUCUUUACUGCUGCUUGUGCCAUAAAGCUUUUCAUCUGUCUUUUGAAGAAAAUCGGGUUUGAUUGCAAAGAUAUCACCAUUGCACACAGCUUGCUCUCUGUGUAUAUCUUUUAGCUUGUGUUGGGACUAUUGGAAUAUUCAGUCUUUCCACCCAUAAGCCAUAAAAUUAUCCAUAUGGGUAUCAUAGAAUCAUAGAAUCAUAGAGUUGGAAGAGACCACAAGGGCCAUCGAGUCCAACCCCCUGCCAAGCAGGAAACACCAUCAGAGCACUCCUGACAUAUGGUUGUCAAGCCUCUGCUUAAAGACCUCCAAAGAAGGAGACUCCACCACACUCCUUGGCAGCAAAUUCCACUGUCGAACAGCUCUUACUGUCAGGAAGUUCUUCCUAAUGUUUAGGUGGAAUCUUCUUUCUUGUAGUUUGGAUCCAUUGCUCCGUGUCCGCUUCUCUGGAGCAGCAGAAAACAACCUUUCUCCCUCCUCUAUGUGACAUCCUUUUAUAUAUUUGAACAUGGCUAUCAUAUCACCCCUUAACCUCCUCUUCUCCAGGCUAAACAUGCCCAGCUCCCUUAGCCGUUCCUCAUAAGGCAUCGUUUCCAGGCCUUUGACCAUUUUGGUUGCCCUCCUAUGGACACGUUCCAGUUUGUCAGUGUCCUUCUUGAACUGUGGUGCCCAGAACUGGACACAGUACUCCAGGUGAGGUCUGAUCAGAGCAGAAUACAGUGGCACUAUUACUUCCCUUGAUCUAGAUGCUAUACUCCUAUUGAUGCAGCCCAGAAUUGCAUUGGCUUUUUAGCUGCCGCGUCACACUGUUGGCUCAUGUCAAGUUUGUGGUCAACCAAGACUCCUAGAUCCUUUUCACAUGUACUGCUCUCAAGCCAGGUGUCACCCAUCUUGUAUUUGUGCCUCUCUCUCUUUUUGCCCAAGUGCAAUACUUUACAUUUCUCCCUGUUAAAAUUAAUCUUGUUUGUUUUGGCCCAGUUCUCUAAUCUGUCAAGGUCGUUUUGAAGUGUGAUCCUGUCCUCUGGGGUGUUAGCCACCCCUCCCAGUUUGGUGUCAUCUGCAAAUUUGAUCAGGAUGCCCUUGAGUCCAUCAUCCAAGUCGUUGAUAAAGAUGUUGAAUAAGACCGGGCCCAAGACAGAACCCUGUGGCACCCCACUAGUCACUCUUCUCCAGGAUAAAGAGGAACCAUUGAUGAGCACCCUUUGGGUUUGGUCAGUCAGCCAGUUACAAAUCCACUGAGUGGUAGCAUAGUCAAGACCACAUUUUACUAGCUUCUUUACAAGAAUAUCAUGGGGCACCUUGUCAAAUGCCUUGCUGAAAUCAAGGUAGGCUACAUCCACUGCGUUCCCUUCAUCUACCAGGCUUGUAAUUCUGUCAAAAAUGAGAUCAGGUUAGUCUGACAUGACUUAUUUUUCAGAAAUCCAUGCUGACUAUUGGUGAUCACAGCAUUCCUUUCUAGGUGCUCACAGACUGUUUGCUUAAUGAUCUGCUCCAGAAUCUUCCCUGGUAUUGAUGUCAGACUGACUGGGCGGUAAUUAUUUGGGUCCUCUCUUUUCCCCUUUUUGAAAAUAGGGACAACAUUUGCCCUCCUCCAGUCUGCCGGGACUUCGCCUUUUCUCCAGGAAUUCUCAAAGAUGACUGCCAGUGGUUCUGAGAUCACAUCUGCCAGUUCUUUUAAUACUCUUGGAUGCAGUUCAUCUGGCCCUGGAGACUUGAAUACAUCUAAACUAGCCAAGUAUUCUUGUACUAUCUCCUUAGUUAUUCUGGGCUGUGUUUCCUUUGCUGAAUCAUUUGCUGCAAAUUCUUCAGGUCGGGCAUUGUUUUCUUUAUCGGAGAAGACUGAGGCAAAGAAGGCAUUGAGGAGUUCAGCCCUUUCUGUGUCCCCUGUUUGCAUUUCACCAUCUUCUCCUCUGAGUGACCCCACUGUUUCUUUGUUCUUCCUUUUGCUACGAACAUACCCAUAAAAGCCUUUUUUGUUGCUUUUAACCUCUCUAGCAAGCCUGAGUUCAUUCUGUGCUUUAGCUUUUCUGACUUUGUGUCUACACGUGCUGGCUAUUUGUUUGAAUUCUUCUUUGGUGGUUUCCCCCCUUUUCCAUUUUUUGUACACAUCCUAUUUUAAUCUUAACUCAGUUAAAAGUUCUUUAGAUAGCCACCCUGGCUUCUUUAGGCACCUUCCAUGUUUCCGUCUCAUUGGUAUUGCCUGACGUUGUACUUUUACUAUCUCCCUCUUAACAAACUCCCAGCCAUCAUGAACUCCCUUUCCUUUUAGUAUUACUGUCCAUGGGAUCUCACCCAGCACUUCCCUAAGUUUUAUGAAGUCGGCUUUCUUAAAGUCAAGAAAUUGAGUCCUACUAUGCUUGGCUGCUCCUUUCCGCUGUAUAGUAAACUUCAGAAGAGCAUGAUCACUCGCGCCUAAUGAUCCUUCUACCCCACUAACCAGGUCAUCAACAUUCGUUAGGACCAGAUCUAAAAUGGCUGUUCCUCUUGUUGCUUCUCCCACUUUCUGGACAAUGAAGUUGUCUGCAAGGCCAGUGAGGAAUCUGUUUGACCUUAUGCUCUUGGCUGAGUUUGACAUCCAACAAAUAUCCGGGUAAUUGAAGUCCCCCAUUACUACUAUCUCCCUUCCUUUUGCAUGCUUGGCCAUCUGUUCCAGGAAGGCAUCAUCUAUGUCCUCCGUUUGGCUUGGGGAUCUAUAGUAAACUCCCACAAUGAGGUCACUGUUAUUCUUCUCUCCCUACAUCUACACUUGGAGAGGUUUAAUGAUAUCAUAUUAAAUAUUCCCAAGCUUUCUUGUCAUGUUUUCAGUCCUGUAUUAUUGGAGGGAGAAGAUGGAAUGAGAGAGAGGUUUGGUCUGAAAACCAUUGUCCAUUUUAGUGCAUGUUCAGCAUAUAUUCUACAAGUAAUGUUUGCAUAGUUUAAAGUUUGAUCAGAAUGUCCAGAUUUUUAAAAAUGAUAUAUAUUGAAUUUUGUUAUUUCUUUAAAAGCAAACAAGUCCUCCCCCCUUCUACUAUUACCGGUACAUACUUCCUUAUUUAAAAAAUGUAUUGGCUACUUCCACUUACUUUGAUCUUUCUUUCUUUCUUUCUUUCUUUCUUUCUUUCUUUCUUUCUUGUGUUAAAUAAAUUUUUAUUGUUUUCCACAAUUUAAUUCCACAUUAACACCAAUAAAAAAAGAACAUUUUUACACACACACCCAAUCCCCAUGUGUAGCAAUAUCUUUUCAAAACCUUUUCUUCAAGAUUCCAAGAAUCUCUGGACUUCCCUCCAUCCCCUCUUCUGGUUCUUUAUAUAAACAAAAUUCUCUUAUAUUUCCAUAUCCAUUUACCCAAUUUUCUAAUAAUUACACAUAGUUAAUCAAAACUUAGUAACACUUCAAAUCAUUUACCAUUAUUUAACACACACGUCAUUUAAGCGUCUAGAAUAUCAUUUAACACAACUUUAUGCAUUCCACAUCUGUACUAACUAUUAUUUUUUCUUCUAAUUUUAUCCCCAUCUCUAUUAAUUGCAAGCGUUUAAUCAGAGCCUGCUCACUUACUUUGAUUUUGUUGUGUCUCUGUAAUAAAUCAAACCAACAAGCACAUCUAUGAUGAUCUGGGUUUCAAAUUCAUUUUUGUUUGUAAGCCAAGUGGACACAGAGAGGGUGGGUGUCAAGAUAAUUGGUAUUCCCACAAUUGUUGGACAGAUUUUAUAACAAGAAUAGUGUCUGCCUUAAGAACAGGAAUGUUGUCACAUCAGCCAGGCAACUGGAAAGAAACCAAUUGAAUGGAAGUAAGGAAUUGUAUUAAUGGAUUGGAUUUGUGAGGAACAAUGACAAGUUUUGCACUCUCUUCUGUCUAAACUGUUCGGUGGGUCACUGAAAUGGUGACAUCUCACUAGUCAAAAUGGCAUGAAUUAGGAUAGUCAUAUAUAUGUUUCUCUGGUAUAGUGAAUUAUUUGUAUUGGGGCUCUGAAAUGAUUCACAGAUCUGUUUUACUAUAGUGCUACAUUGUUGGACUAGGUCUCAGAGAAUAUUCAGCUCUGAUUCACAGGGUGACCUUGGGCCAGUCACCAUCACUCAGCCUAACCUACCUCACAAGGUUGUAUGGAAGACAAAAUGGGGAGGACAAAACAAUGUACUGUAUAUCACAUUGAGCUCCUUGGAGAAAAGUUGAGAUAUAAUUGCAGUGCUUUGGGAGGACCCGGUGGGGGUGUAAAAAAUGAAGUGCCAGUGCUCAUAUCUUGAUAAAACUGCCUUGGGUGCCAACACAGAGUGGUGCCAUAAGCAGCAAAACAAGAUGGUGGUACUCUAUAAACUGUACAGGUCUAGUUAAAUAAAUGUGUUGGCCUUGGAGUACUUUCUCUGCAACAUUGGUAGAUAUCUCUGGCAGAUAGGUUGCCUCUGUGUGUGAUGUCCAAGAUAAUUCAGGGAAAGGAUCUCUGCCCCCAGCCUCGGGGUUCCAGGGCUGUUCUACUGCUGUAGAAGUGCCUGGAUCCAGUUCAUGGCAAAAAAUGAAGUAUCAAGGGUUACACCAGCAAUUAUCAAACAAGCUGUAUAGAUAAGACAGUUGAAUUCAAUUGUGAGUUAGCACUGUGUAUUCUAAUUGGCUCUAUUACAUUUUGAUUGAUUGGUCUAUGCUUCUGUAUCCUAUACAUCUCUAGUACUAAAACUGAGCUUAUAAACUAUGAUUGCAUUUGACAGAGGUUAUGCAGUUUGCUACUUGCUCAGUGUUUUCAAUCACAAGCAUUGAGAUAAAAGUUUGAAAGAGCAAGUCAGCUGAGGAUUGGGCAUUUAGUAUCACUAGCUGUGCUGUGCCAAAUUUACUCAGAUCAGGAGAACAAGCUAUUGUGAUUGUUAUUCUCCAUAUAAAAGCAUGAUGGAGCAUCUAAAUAUAGAAACCCAGCAUACUCUUCCCAGAAUACAAUUACUGAUAUAUAUUUAUUGCAUAGGCCUUGUAAAUAUUUUUGUGCAAAUUUGUCUUGGAAUAUCUAAGGCAAAAAAUAAAAAUGAGGGGAUGUUUCAAAGAAUUAUCUUAAGUGUUUCCAGCAUUUGAUGCUGUAACCCACUUCGCCUUAAAACAUAAUUAUUGUAACUUAGAUAUCAGUUUACUAAUUUAAUUGUUUUCCUGAUGUCUUCAGUAAUUCUUUCCUCCAUCAGUCUACAUCUAAAUAUAAAGUUUAAUAACUUGCACUUUAGGUCAUUUUACUUUAUUUAUUGGAAAUUCACUGAAGAAACAGAAACAGUGGUGAAAUCAAGGUUUGGACUUUGAGUUUCCUUAAGGAUAACUGUGAUAAAAUUUGUUGAACAGUGCAUAUCAUUUUGUUUUCUUUUUAAAAAGCAAAUAUCAAUGUUUAUCAAUUAUGCUGGGCUUUAGCGCCCCAUUGCAACCCAUUGUUUCAGGUAGCAUGCACCCCUCCUCUUGCCACCACCUCUCUCUCCCCCACCUGUCCAGGCACAAACACCUACCCAUCCCCUGACAUCAGUGAAGUGCAUGCAGCUGUGAAAAAACUUAAUGUGCUGAUGAUUAUGUGAGGCUUAAUGCGUUGUGAGCUAGAAUUGCUGGAGAGGGUGGAACUCUUUGUUCACCUUCAGCAGAAAGGAUUUGCAUUUCAUCUGCAUUUGACUAAGAGCUACACAUUAGUUUACACUUAAUCACUGUUGUAUUAUAUUCAGAAUCACUCCCUGUAAAUUGUAAACACUACCGUGCAUGAAAGCAGUUUUCUUGGAAUGUGCCUGGAUCUGAGUCAUGCCAAACUCCGAAUUUGUGUCCAUAGAGAGGAAACAAAUUGCCCCGUGGAAAGCAGUUUAUUGAAACCAAUUAAAAAACAAACAAACCCAAAGAUGACUGCUUGAGCUACUACAGAUGGAUUUUUGAUAAAUUCAGAGUUUUGCAAGUAAAUUUGAUACUCCCUUGCUGCUGUUCUGCCAGAUUUGCUCUCAAAGACUGACUGAAUGCUAAAAUAGAUAAGUGCUUAGAAGUUACUACUUUGCAAAAAUAUAUUAUUCUGCAGGAGUUGUGCUACAGGACUUCAAAUGUGGUGAAAAUAGUUGGAUACAUAUCUUCCCUAUUGUUAUUUGAGACACUUGAUUUUCUCUUCAUGGACACCUUGAAAAACUAUUUUGCCUUGCAGAGUUAAUCAAGGGAAUUCCCACAACUCAAAGUGUCCCUAUUUGAAAUGCAGCACAGAUCCCUCGGCUUGUAAAGCGAGAUGAGCACUGCAACCCCAGAGUCGUCUGCGAGUGGACUUAUCUGUCAGGGAUCCUUUACCUUUACAGAUCCAUGCACCAGAUAUAUCCUGCUGUGGGUUUCUUUUUUUAAGUUAGCACUUUAAAUCAAAGCAGAAGAGAAAAUGUCUCUCCAGACUUGUGUUCAUUGCAAAUAUGUAAAAAGUAGUCCAUGCAUUUUGCAGUUGCAUACAUGCAGUUUUGCAGGAUGCAAUUGCAUUUGGAGGUUUGAGUCUUUAGAUAGGUGCAAGGCAGGGCUUUCUGUUGUGCAUUCACCUUAUUUGUAGCCUGCUGUGAUUACUGAGUUCUUUUUGCACAGUUAGACAAAUAAAGGUUGUUGGUGAGCAUUUUUUGUUUGUUUGUUUUUUUACAAGUGUUGUGAAUAAAGUUUGUAGAGAAAAUGGUAGGUGAAAUGAGUGGAAUUACUGAGAAUUGCUGUUUUCUUAGGGAAUAGCUAUGUUCAUGAGACAGAUUGAGGGAAGGUUGUGUGACUGUGUGGGGGUCUCGCCCCACCCACUACUCCUGGAAUGUGCUCCCUGACAUAUUAUCUUCUUCUUUGGCGAUUACUCAUAGCCGAGUAAGAUUGUCUUCCAUAAACACAGGUUUUUUUUGGAAGACGCCUGUGUGUGAAUUUGUUUUAUGUGUGUAGGUCAGUGCACGCUGACCAACACACAGUCUUCGCAGUAAGGCUCUGUUCCGAUGGCAUGAGUAGUCACGACGACCAGUUGAUUCUUAUCUGCUGCAGCCUUCAUCUGCCUUCACAGCUGUUGUAACAUACCGCUUGUUAUCAUCAGCCUGUUCUGCUGUAGAGGACUUCUUGGAACAUUCUUUGUCUAGUUCCUUCCCUUUGACCAUACCGCCUUGGGUGACCCUGCUGGGCGUACGAGAUUCCUGACGGCUUUGCUCACAAGGGUCAUAGGAACGUGCAAGCCCACUCACCAUGACAAGGUGAUGAUCUAGCGAGUGAGGACAUAUUAUAGGGGUCAUGUGGCUCUCAUCUCCAAAAAGUUUCCCCCCACCCCUGCUGUAGAGAGGGUUCUUAUGGGGAAGAGGCAGUGCAGGGGCAUGUAUUUGGAGGAAGAAUAGAAUUGGAGAUGCCUCUGCUCUUAACAAGAACAACAACAACACACCCUGAAUAUAUAUCUUGGUUGUAUUGUGUUAAUUUUGUAGGUUGUCCUUAACAGAAAGAGAAUGGGAAGUUUGCUUUUAUUGAAAUUCAGUAGCAGACAUCUAUGCUAAGUUGGGUGAUGGAAAAUAUGGAGGGAUACCAAAUUUGACAAUAAAAUGUUAAACAUGGACCUGCAGCAAAAUCUUGCUGUGUGCAGUACUCUUGUUCAGUGUGCCAGCCAGCCAUGUCUUCUUUCAGGGCACUCCCUUCCACCACAGUCAGUUUUCUCAUGCCCAAUUUAUACUCACCAUAUUGUGGUGACUGAGAAUGCUUGGUCAUCAUUGAACUGUUUGGUAGGUGCACAGCUGCUCCCUUAGAAUUGUUUCCUAAAUGGUGGUUUAUACAGGCAAUCUGCGCUUUGUGCACAUUCAAAGAAUGCGCAACCAUGCAUGCACAGGCCAUUUUUUGACCCAGAAGAAGAUGGAGUGGUGUAGGGUUGUAAUGGACUUAUGCACUCUUCACCGACUUGUGCAAUAACCUGGAAUUCAGCCAUCAUACCAAUUGGGGCUUGCCUAAACUUUUGAAAUGGGGCUCCCUGAAGCAUGCUGAUAUCUUGCUCAAUACCUCUGUUUUGCCUGCUUAGUCUUCCUAACUUGGUACCUGAAUCUGUUACUGGAUUUCCUUUAUAUUUUAGUCCCUGUUGUUGUUUAGUCGUUUAGUUGUGUCCGACUCUUCGUGACCCCAUGGACCAGAGCACGCCAGGCACUCCUGUCUUCUACUGCCUCUCGCAGUUUGGUCAGACUCAUGUUUGUAGCUUCGAGAACACUGUCCAACCAUUUUAGUCCCUACUCUCACUCUAAAACUCAUCUUCAGGUUUCUCCUAAAAUGCCAUUGAUUCUACCUGCAAUCAAUCAAUCAAUCAAUCAAUAAAUGCAAUUAUCAAUGAAAGGAACAUCUAAGUAAAUCACAGUACUUUAACAGACACUGCCUAAGCUGUACUAAUCCAUAACGCCCCUAUCCCAUUUGUUUUCCUUUAUUUCAUAGUUGCCUCUGUUAUUCAAACUUUUAUAUCCAUGGAUCACAAAUGUGUCUUUUCUGGAAUGUUUUUCUCCAUAUCCGAAGCUGCUGUCUUGAUCUAGAGCACUAAAAAGAUCAAUAUUGGAUCCAAAUUAUCUAAAUUUCUCUUACUAUCUUAAAGUGAGGUUGUCCUUCAUCUCAGCACUGUAGCUGAUUCCAGACUCUGCACAGACCGUGAAAUUUUUGCAAUAUUCUAAGAACACUUGGAAUUCCAAGCCAUAUAGGUGGAAUCUACACACAUAUUAAAAAACUCUGUGAAAAUGUUUUUUUAAGAAAUGUUUUGAAAAAUACAUUGAAUUUUGCAUAGCUCACUGGCGCCAUCUAGUGUCACAUCUGUAUAUUGCACAUCUAAAACAUUUUAUUUGCAGCUGUGUAGCUGAGUCCAUAUUAGGCACGUGGGUGGUGCUGUGGUCCAUGCCGAUCAGAAGGUCGGCAGUUCGAAUGCCUGCGAUGCGGUGAGCUCCCAUUGCUCUGUCCCAGCUCCUGCCAACCUAGCACUUCGAAAGCACGUUAAAGUGCAAGUAGAUAAAUAGGUACUGCUCCAGCGGGAAGGUAAACAGCAUUUCCGUGUGCUGUUCUGAUUUCACCAGAAGUGGCUCAGUCAUGCUGGCCACAUGACCCGGAAAAACUGUCUGAGGACAAAUGUCGGCUCCCUUGGCCAGUAAAGCGAGAUGAGCGCCGCAACCCCAGAGUCAUUCACGACUGGACUUAACUGUCAGGGGUCCUUUACCUUUUAUCUGAGUCCAUAGUCAGCUUGCAAGAAAUCUGGCUCACUGCCCUAAUCUGCUUCUAAAAAACCUCUCUCUCCCCAACCCCCUUUGCAUGAGCCAUGGUGUCUAUUUGGGAAGAUAUCUGAUGUUUUCUUCUUAAGAGUUAAAUGACCAAUUUCCUCAGAACACUUUCACUUUGACUCUUCUGGCAUCCAGCAUGUCACACUUCACAAAUGCUAGCGUAGAAGCCAUUCUUCCCCACUGACAUGCUCCCCAACACAGAGGAGGAAAAAGCUGUGCCCACAGUUUUCCACCUUUGCUUCCGCUGUACGUAUAAUUCACACUAAUAUUACUCGGCAUUCUACCUUAGAUAUAAGACUGGAUUUUAAAUCAGACCGCUAAGUUUGAGUCCAGCAGCACCCUGUAGGAUCCCAGAGUAGCCACGAUGGCUAUGUUGCAGCUCCUCUGUCAGAGGCAGCGUGCUGGGGAUUACAGGUGAUGGGGUCUUGUUGCAUUCGUGUCUUCCUUGCAGGUUUCCCAGAGGCAUCUGGUUGGCCACUGUGAGAACAGGAUGCUUUCCUAGAUGGGCCAUUGGCCUGAUCCAGCCGGCUCUUCUUACGUUCUUAUUUAACAGAUUGCUUUUCAACUAGGGUCACUGGAGCCUCAUUUUCAGAGAGAUAACCCCUCCACCACCACCUUUGCCUACAUCCAGUGCAACUGUACCAUAGAAAACAACAUUUUGUACCUGCUUCAUUUUUUUCUGUUUCACAGCUCCUAAGGCAGUGGAAAAUUUGCCUUUCAUCUUGCUAGUUUAAAACCAAAAUAAAAACCCUAAGAUGCACAAGAAGUGCAAUAACUUCCUGUAACUAAUACCUGACUAUCAGAGACUUAAGUGUGUCUUUGCUCUGAUGGAUCCUAUACCAAAGGUUCAUCUAAUGCAACAUUUUGUUCUUCAUAGCCAGGCAGAUACUUGAGAAGCUCAGAAGGAGAACAUGAGUUCAACAGUAUACUCAGCACUUAUGCAACCCAGCCACUAGCGUUCAGAGGCAUACUGGUGACCUUGGAAGGUAGAGCAUAGCCAUCAUGGCUAGUAGCCAGCUUGCCUAAUCCCUUUUCUUCUUGGACAAGAAAAAUCCUAAACGAUGGUUCUUGAAUUCUCAUCUCUUAAGAUUUCUGGUAUUCACCACAGGACAGUCAUUAAAUCUCAGCCAGCCUUUCUUUAUUUGAGGCUGCAUACACAACAUAUAUUUAAAGCUCUCUUAAAGCACCUGGACCAAGAAUCCUGGGAACUGUAGCUUUUACCCCGCCAUUGAACUACAUUUCCCAGCACCUUUUACAAACUACCGUUCCCUGGCUUCUUAUGAGUGGAGAAAUAUGCUCUGAAUGUAUGUUGUGCAGAGACUGAUUUUCUCUCACAUCCAGUACUACGACUGCUUGUUUUAUGGGCUUUUUAAAAUAUCCAAAAUCUGCCAUUUUUUCCUUGUCAGGCUUGAGCAAAAGGGCAAGGAAGAAAACAGUUGCAAAGAAGUAAGCUAGUUUCUAAGCACACAUUUUUUUAUAAAGCACUAGGUUUUUGUUUGCUCUGUUCAUAUUUGCUAGUAAUGUCAAAAUAGGCUGUGGACACUCUCCAUUUUGCUUGUUAUCCAGUGUGCUCCCAUGGCUGGUUUGGAAAGCCAUGUACACAAGAGGUUAACCACAAUCUACCCUAUCCUGUGAUUUCUUAAGAAAUACUGCAUUUUGAUUCAUUUUCCCCACAAACCUGCUUCGAUCCGAAUUGAGAAAAAGAAUGACCUAGCUGUGUUUUAAGCCAGUAAUGUGCACACUGCCUUAGAUUGCAACAAGAGUAAUCAUGGUUUUUUUCCAGGGUGCUUUGAAAGCUAGCAUAGUAGCCCUAAGAUAAAAGGCUAAUAGCAGAACACAAAGGGAUUGCUUAAAUUGAGAGUUCCAAAGAGUUUCCAUUAUUAAUGAUGUAUAAGAGAGGGGAAGGAUGGAAGCCAAUAAAUAGUAACCUUUACAGUGCCGUUAUUGCAGAGAAGGCUGUUUUUAAGUAGUAGUCAAAAGGUAAUAGGGUAUAGUGCUAUAAAGUUUUAUGAAUCACUAUCCAGAAAACAAGAUGAUGGUUCAGCAGGGUAUUCUGAACUCUUAACUGAUUUGUUAACGUUAGAGACUAUAUGAGGUCAGAUUUUGAAGUGCAUAUUUUAGCUCUACUUUCUAGAGAUAUUCAGUUCAACAUCUACAUGCCAUUGAAGAGAUGGCCAGCAUGUGCGCAGCACAACAACUGUCUGAUUUAAGUUUGCUUUCUAAAAUUAAGUUCUGAGUCAUGUGUCUCCUUGAAAUACAGUGGUACCUCAGGUUACAUAUGCUUCAGGUUACAUACGCUUCAGGUUACAGGCUCCGCUAACCCAGAAAUAGUGCUUCAGGUUAAGAACUUUGCUUCAGGGUGAGAACAGAAAUCAUGCUCCAGCGGCGUGGCGGCAGCAGGAGACCCCAUUAGCUAAAGUGGAGAUUCAGGUUAAGAACAGUUUCAGGUUAAGAACAGACCUCCGGAAUGAAUUAAGUACUUAACCAGAGGUACCACUGUAAACAAAUCUCCCUUUCCACAAGACAUAGCUAAGGGAUAAAAGUUGGCACACAAUGUUGCUUAAAAACUUACAACACCCUUUUGAAGGACACUUCUACCUAGUGAGAAACCAGUAAGUCUAUUCAUAAUCCAGAUGCAAGGCGAUGCAAGGCUUUUUGUGUUUGGCAACCUUUUAAAGAGAAUAAUUUGCAUUUGAUAGCAUAUGAGUUACACAUGUGCCAGGUUUUAACCCAUUUUUUUUUACAUGCUACUGUAUUUACAUUUUAGAAACUGAAUUUAGAUCCUCAUUUACUGAAAUAACACUGCAGUUCUGCAGCAUAAAGAGAGAUACAGCGAUGCAAGGCAUGCCAUAUCACAGCUGAUAUGUUUAUGGUGUCAGUGUAUCAGGACAGUGAUUGUCAAUUGCAGCAACUUCCAGGAACUGAUUAGCAGCUUGUGCAAGAAACUUAGAAUUCACUGCAGAUUUAGUAUGGAGUCACAAAAGCAAUAAAAAGGGCAAGAAUAUAGUAACAGGAACCAGGACAUUCCUUGGUGCUUGUUUUAUUACUAGUAUCUGCUGAUUAUAUGGAACAAUAAAGAACAAUAACAACAACAACAACAAACUUUGAGUAGGGUGGGGGGAAUCUAACUUAAAAUAUGAAACUAACAGGUUUUGUGAUAGGAACAUCUCUUGUGAAAGCGGAGCUUGAGCUUUGAUCGAUAAAUGACAUCCAUUGACAUUGAGCUUAGACUUCUGAUACAGAAAGGGCACAAGUUAGUCCUGCAUUGUCUGUACUGUAAAUAAAUGCAACAACAGUUUACUUGCUGUGCUGUUCUUCCUUUUCCCUUCCACCACCACCUCAGACUUUUGGGGGAUAUGUGUGUGACAGAGCACUGUAGGGAGGACAGGGGGCUAGAGGGAAAUAGGGAGAGAGAAAAUUUCCCCUCUUUCACAAGUGGAUACCUUGCAUCAAUGGAGGGGGCAAUGGAGGUUAAUUACCAGCCAGUGUUUGUAUGGCUGGAACACUUGCUUACCACACUCUUUAAACAUCUUAGGUUUUGCAGUAUUGCAUAUACUUUCUGGUUGGAUAUUCAAUAUAGCUUUGUUGCAUAAUUUGCUGCCUUUUUGUAGCCUUAGUGUUCCAUAGUUUCCCUGGUAAUGCCUAUUAAAGAACUCAUGCCGUAUUCUUAAUAUCACUAAAUGAUGUAUAAUUCUGUCUUUAUUGCUAUGUUUAUUUCAGCAGUUACUGAGGAAGUAUGACAAACCUUUCCUGCUCUAUGAAGCUUUAAAGAACUUUUACUGAGUUGGAUACAAAUAAGUAGAUUAAGAGAUCUUAAGAAUUAAUAAUAUAUGUGAAUUACUGGUGUCAUAAUUUCAUAGCAAGAAAUAAUAAUAAAUAUUUUUAUACCCAUGUAACAUCUCUGAAAAAGAAAGAAGAUAAUGUUCUGUUUGGAGUGCAUUAACAAAAUGUUACCAAAUUGUGUUUUUAUUUAAUGCCCAUGCUGGUAACAUAAUUUGCUUAUUAAAAGGAAGACCUAUAAAAACGCUUUUGGAUCCCUCACUCAGUCCCAGUGCAAGGGCGUGGGGAGCACUUUCACACCCCUGGUGCAGAGCUACCCUCUAUUCAUUUGAUUUAUGUCCACUUCAAAAUGAGAUGUUUUCAUACAAGCUGCCAUAUUGGAUUAAACUAGUUUUCUGUCUAACUCAUUAUUUUGCCUGCUGACUGUGACCAGUCAGAUACUAUUGUGUGAUUCUUGUGGAAGGCAUGAUGGUCAUAUCUUGGUCUGUCGCUCCCCAGCAUUAGAUAAUCACAGGUAUAGGUAUAGGAAUGGUGCUUCAUGGCUUGUAGGCACUAAGUACCCUUUGAUGGUAGAUUAAUUUGCUUGCAAUUCAAUUAGGUCGUUGUGGUUUUCACCCUGCAUUAUCAGCCAUUCAAUUCAUCAUUUACCACCAGUAAGUAGCAGCUGUGUUGAUGGCAGAUACAUUAAUUCAUUCUCUGACCAGCAGGUGCUGCCACUACAUUCUUUUUCCUUCCCCUUUUGUUGCUGGUGCUUCUACUUGAAGAAAUACCAUAACAUCAGCAGUAGUAACUAGCAGAGGAAAGGCAAUAAGCAUAGCUGAAGGGAAAGAGUAUUAGGUAAAGAAGUAGUGAGUGAGCAAGAGUAACAACAAUAGGGUGGAAGGACUGGGGCAUGAGUAGGCAGAGCAAGUAGAGGAGACAGGAGUCCCCCUUUGAGAGGUAAGGUUUGCAAGACUGAUUUAUUUUUGUAACUGAUUUUGGCAUGUGAUCAUAUGAGAUCAAAAGGGUUCUGUACACAGCAUUUGGAACAUGUUGCUUCCCUCAAAGAAUUCUGGGCACUCUAGUUUACCACUCACAGGGUUUCAAUUCCUUCACUCUGGAACAAACUGCAGCACCCAGAAUUCUUUAAGAAAAAUGUGCUCUGGAUGUGCUUUAAAGGUAUAGCGAGUACAGAGACAAAUGAUGAAGUAACCCUAAGACCAGAAGGAGAUGUUUGUCUUAGACAUUUAUAGCAUUUGUCUUAAACAUUCCAGAGGGGGAGCCAUGAUAAUCUGUUGCAGCAGCAAUAACAAAAUGUGUUAGUCUUUUCAAGGUGCCACAAAACUCCUUGUCGUUUAAACAUUCACAGCAGAGACAAACAUUAAGAGAGAAGGGAGCUAUUGCUGUUUUUAACUCUGCAUAAACUGUUCAGUAUAAAAUGCAUGAAUUAAGAUCAUCUAGGCAAAACGUCAACAGCUGCAGUUCUGGUUUUCUUUUGUGACAAUAGAUAUAGCAGGAGGGAUUAUUAAAUUUUCCCUCCCGGUUGGUCCUUUUCAAUCAGCCUCUUUACCAUGUUUCAAAUGACAGGCAGAAAUAUAGGGACAGCCUUGAAAAUUCAAGAGACCACAUAAAAUGUCUAAGCAAGAAUAUGAUUUACCGUAUAAGCCUGCAGCUUUGUCGCUGUAACUUAUUUUUUAAAAAAACAACAGCAUUUGAACCCCAGGCUUAGAUUACAAAUAACUAACAUCUUUAAAAGAUGCAUAAAUAUACCUACAUAGAAGUGCAUUAAUCCCAGUUUGUUAAUCCCAUAUUAAUAAGGCGCAUGCCAUUAGUCGAAAGUAUGAUGGAAUGUUUUAGCUUGAACAGUCCACAGCUGUAGCUUAGCCAACAAAUGAAGGGGUGUGGAGAGAGAUCUCUGUUGCUAUAGCUGUGAUAUCAUACACGUUACUAACAUGUGGUUGGUUAUUUUGCGUUUCAGAUCACUGCUUGUAGUGGAGCACAAAGGAACCGCAGAGACUUCCACGUCCUUCAUUGAGAAGAAAGAAGCCAGCAGAGCAGGAUUAAUACAGGCUUGUUUCUGGUGGUCUUCUUAUACAAAGGCUGCCUUCGAGGGUGGGGGAAGAAGGAAGAAAGAAACACCGUGCUUAUUUAAUGAGCUGUGAAAUGAAGCGCUGCUGCUGCUACUACUGCUGCUGCUAACCUCCCAAUUCCUAGAUUCAUCUGCUAUUCAUUGUGCUUAAUAUACAUGUUUCUGCACUGUGCAUUUAGAAGAUCCCAGAAAGGAAUUCAAAACGGCUGCCGGGGAAAGACCACCAAACAUGCCUACAGAAACACUACAGACAGGUAGCAUGGUGAAACCUGUCAGCCCCGCCAUCACUUUCACUUCAGCCGUUCCACUCCGCAUUCUAAACAAAGGACCUGACUAUUUUCGCAGGCAAGCAGAGCCUAACCCAAAAAGACUUAGUGCUGUGGAGAGGCUGGAAGCUGACAAGGCAAAAUACGUCAAGAGCCAAGAGGUCAUCAACGCCAAACAAGAGCCUGUGAAACCAGCAGUGCUUCCCAAGCCGCCAGUGUGUCCUGCAGCCAAGCGGGCUUUGGGCAGCCCUACCUUGAAAGUGUUUAGCAACAAUGCAAAGACUGAGAGUGGUGUCCAAAGGGAGAAUCUGAAGCUAGAGAUUUUGAAAAACAUAAUCAAUAGCUCAGAGGGCUCUAGUUCAGGUUCGGGUCACAAACAUAGUUCACGAAACUGGCCUCCCCACAAAUCCGAUUCAGGAGACCUUAACCGGCAUUCGUUUGCAGAAUCCUUAAAGGUUUACCCCACCCAAGGCCGUAGCAGUCCUCAAGAAAGCAACUCCAAUGUGGGUAGAAGGCUAUUGGGACAGUCGCCAGAGUCAUUCUUGCACGUUUCCCAUAGCUCAUCAGACAUUAGGAAAGUAUCUAGUGGCAAAACCUUAAAAGCAAUACCGUGCAGUAGUUCAGCUCCACCUCUCCCUCCCAAACCCAAAAUUGCUGCCAUCACCACGCUGAAAUCGCCAGAGAUGGACACAGUAGAAUCCAGCUGUGGAGUCAGUAGACGACCUUCUCUACAGCGCUCGAAGUCAGACUUAAGUGACAGAUACUUUCGAGUUGAUGCAGAUGUUGAAAGAUUCUUUAACUACUGUGGACUGGAUCCUGAAGAACUUGAAAAUCUUGGGAUGGAAAAUUUUGCAAGGGCUAACUCUGAUAUUAUCUCUCUCAAUUUUCGCAGUGCAAGUAUGAUAAGUUCAGACUGUGAACAGUCUCAGGACAGCAACAGUGACCUUAGAAACGAUGAUAGUGCCAAUGACCGCGUGCCAUAUGGCAUUUCUGCAAUCGAAAGAAAUGCCAGAAUCAUCAAGUGGUUAUACAGCAUCAAGCAAGCUAGAGAGUCACAGAAAGUGUCCCAUGUGUGAGUUGGAUCCGCAGGGGGGCAAAGAGGGACUGUAUCUUUGUGAAUAUUGUGAAGGGUUGUGAAGUCUACUUGAAGUCUUAAUACACUUCUCAGAUCUCUUUUUGUGUUGCUUGUUGUGCAAUGUUUUCAAGUUGCAUGCCUGUCAACAUGUGAACUGACCUGGCUUCCACUUGAACAAUAACUAGCUACAGAGCCUGGCUAAGCAUACACACAUUAUCUGCCAAAAGUUUAAGACCAGAAUCUAAAUAGGGCUUUGUUUAUGAACAAAUUGUUUACAUUAAAUGGUUAUAUGGCUUCUUUUUUCUAGAUCUGUAGGUCCCUUGUGGUUGUUUUGGGGUUUUGUUUUGUACAUUUUUGUGUGUGUCUUGAGCACAGGUAUAGUUAAGACACAGGACAGAAAUUGCCAACCUAAGAUUGUUAUAGCACCGUGCAUUAGAACGGCAUAGUAGUCUGUGGAAUGAAUGGGUCAGUACCAAUAAUAAUAAUAAUAAUAAUAAUAAUAAUAAUAACAACAACAAUAAUUUUUAUUAUUUAUACCCCGCCCAUCUGGCUGGGUUUCCCCAGCUACUCUGAGCAGCUUCCAGCACAUAUAAAAAUAUAAAAAAAAGUCAAACAUUACAAAUUUCCCUAUACAGGGCUGCCUUCAGAUGUCUUCAUCUGUGAACAGCAGUAAAAGGCAGCAGUAUAGGGCUGAGCUUGCAGGGAGGACGGGGGCUGGCCUGUCCAUGAACUACAUUGUAUAAUGCAAUUAUUUUUCUUUCUUUUUUUUAAAAAAGGUUGUUUACCUUUCAAAGAAAGGAUACACAGGUUUUCUGUCGUAAUCUUCUAACUGAAUCCCCCCUGCACACCCACCCACACGCCUGGUGCCCCCAUAUACAGCCUUUUUACAAGCAGUGGUCUGGAAAGCUAUAAACUAUUUUUUUGAUGUAGCAAGAGCGGUAAUGGUUUGGUUUCACCAAUCUAGGGGUAUUUUGAAAAGAGGCUGGGAAAAUGAAAAGGAUGGGUGGCAUUUUAAAGGAAACUUCCUUGUCUUAAACUUUUGACAGGAAUGGUUAGAUCCUGUUUGCUGAUCUUUGAAUGCCUUUAAACUAGACAAAGCACAUCAUGAUCACAAGCUCCUGCUGCUGACUACUUUUUUUGUAGACCUGUUUGAGCAGUUCAUGAACAGAAAAUGGAAGUACACAGCCAUAUCAGUAUAAUAAGAGCCUCUUACCCAGAAGUUUAAACACACUCAAUAUAGCUGAACUAUAUCUGAGAAAUUGUGAUUAUGUUGUCUUAAAUAUGUUAUAUCUUAAGGCUGUGGAAGUUUGUUACAGCUCUAGGAAACUGUAGAAACAUGACAGUAUGUAGCUUCUUCUUUUUUGUACCCUUCUCUUCCUCCUUGCACCGUACAAUGUUUAGUGCUGCACGUCAAUCUGUUACACUUUUUUUUAUUUUGACAAUCUUGUGUCUUCCCAAUGGUUUAACUGUCAUGUCAAAGUGGCAGUUGUGGUGCAUAGCGGAGAGUUGAAAGUGCAGUGGUCUGCUUCAUUAUUAUUAUCAUUAUUAUUAUUAUUCAUGCUUUGAAGUACUUUGCAGCACUCUUAUACUUCAUCAGCUAAUAGGAAACUUUUUCUUGUGUAAAUGCUGUAAGACUUUGUACAUAUUUCAGUUCUUACGAGAUCUUUAAAAAAAAGUGUUAUGCUAAUAAAUAGCUCUUGGUGC